UUUGCUAUGAUCCAUGUAGCAGCUUAUCUGGGAUGCUGUUGGCUCUAGUAUAAUAUUCAACUCAACAUUUGGGUCUCGAUAUCAAAAACAGUUCAAGAAAUAACAGGCGCUAUGCGGCGCUCGGUGUCCGACUUGUGACUUUAGCUAUCAUUAACGGUGCACAGGAAGAAGAACCGUGCUGACUUGAGUUCACCGACACCUGAGAAGGACUUGCGUUCGGGCUACCUGUUGGCGGGACAAGGUGCCGGGUUUUAGGCAUUAUGUCGAGCCUGCUCUGCUCCAAGAAACACAAACAUGUCACUCCGUCCCCAGGUGAGUACAGAGACUACACAGGUGUAAAAGCAGUUUUUCUUUCAGAAAUUUUCCCCCGCGGGGUUGGGGGGGGGGGGCAAUUCAGAUUUUUUUUUUAUUCAGAUUUUUCGGGAGGGCAGUGCCAGCAGUUCCAGUUAAUUUAUUGUUGGACAUAUUUUUGCUCCGGGGGGGGGGGGAACUUGGAUUUCCGGGGGGUGGGGGCACUGUCCCCUUACCCGGAGAUAUAGCUGAAAGAAAUCCUGUGUGAAAGGUAGGCCAGGUGGGCGUUUUCGUGAGCCAUCGCUCCAGCCUCUGCCCACAAGACUAGUAAAGGUGGCCUGUGAGAAGGCCCAAUACAAGUGUCUAGACUUUUGAUAGAUGGUCAAGAAUGCUCCCUUAGACUGUGUUAGGUUAUUCAUACGAGUAUGUAGAGUCAUGUAGACUUGUGUUAGAUCAGGGGUUCUUAACCAGGGCAGUGUGGGUAGAUCCAGAAAAUCGGAUUUCUUUACAUUUUUAUAUGCAUUUUUUUGUCGUGGGAGUUGCUGGAUAUGUACUUUGAAAUCAAGCAGGGUGCGGCACUGUCAAGGUUAAAAAUCCCUGUGUUAGAUUCCCUGUGUUAGAUUCCCUGUGUUAGAUUCCUUGUUUUAGAUUCCCUGUGUUAGAUUCCCUGUGUUAGAUUCCCUGUGUUAGAUUCCCUGUGUUAGAUAGUCAAACGAUGAAAUCUUAAUUUUAGUAAAAAAAAAAUAGUCUAAAAAAUCCCCUCAGACUUUUUUUAGAUAAUCGAACAUUGAAGUUUUUCCUUUUUAAUGGUGCAUCCCUUUCCUCUAUAACUGUAUUCGAUGUAUCAACGAUGGUCUUAAGCAGAGCUCCUCAACAAUAGCUUUUCUUUUAAUAUUAUUUGUGUGUGUCUCGUUUCGUUUUUGGCCUAUAUCAGGGGUUCCCAACCUUUUUUUACUCUAGAGCACAUUCUAAAAUAUCGGUAGGGUGGCGGGCGCCACCUAUUUUAAAUCGACAAACUCCUUCCAUAACUUGUCAUUUUCCCAUAAUUUAUUUUCUUAUUUUCUUAUAGUCAUAAUAUAUUAAUAAAUAAUAAACAAAAAUGUUUCAAAAUAAUAAAAUUAUUUGGCAUUUUUUUCAAAUUGCAUACACAGAGAAAUGUAUUUACAAAACGUAAAGAAAGUAAACAAAACACACAAAUACAAAGAAAAUAUUUAAUUAAAAAAUAUAAUAAAGUCAAUGUGAUCUUUGGCAUUGCAUUUCAUUGGCCAGAGCUUCAUAAUUAGGAGCGUAUGACGAUAAUCCUGUUAGCAGACAAUCAUAAAGAUGCUCAUCGGUGAGUCGAGAUCUAUAUCUUGAUUUUAUUAAGUUCAUGUUUGAAAACAAUGAUUCGCAUAAAUAUGUCGAACCGAAAAAUGAUUCAAUUUUAUAUGCCGCUUUUUUCAACAAUGGGAACUUUUCUCUAUCCACUGUAUUCCAAAAGUCCUCUGACAUUAAGGAUUUUAGCAAAAUAUCAUUCUUAAGGUCCAAAAUUUCUAACUCUAGUUCUUCUGUCUUACCUUGAACAAAAUCUGCAAUACAUGCGGCUAUUUCCAUAACAUUUAUUUGGCAAGUAAAAGGAUUGAUACAGAAGGAAACUAUUGGCUCAAUAUGUUUAAACUGCAAAAAUCUCUCUUCAAACUGUUUUUUUAACUCUUGAAGAUGCUUAAUAAAUAAUGUCCCAUUUAAUUCAUUGUCACCUAGCAUUUUCUUCAUAUGUGGGAAAUGCACGAGAGAAUUGAUCUGCAGAUGUGAUAUCAACAAAUCCAAUUUAGCUUUAAAUGACUUUACAGAGCUUAUCAUUUCAGCUAUGCUUUUGUCUUUACCCUGCAACUCCAAAUUUAAAGAAUUCAAUUUUUCCAUGAUGUCUGUGAGAAAUCCCAAAUCAAUCAGCCAGCCAGAGUCAGCUAGUUCAUCAUAAUUUUCCUUUCUAUCGUUUAUAAAUGUUUUUAUUUCUUCAAUUAAACUCACAAAUCUUGUAAGAACCUUUCCUUUACUGAGCCAACGUACUUCAGUAUGCAGAAUAAGAUCAUGUUCUUUAUCUUCAGUAUCUUCUAACAGGGCCUUGAAAAGUCGGUGUUGCAAAGGAGCUGCUCGAAUAGAAUUGAUUAUUUUUGUAACUAUUUUCAUGACGUGUUCAAAUGGCAAAAUUUUACAACACAGAGCUUCCUGGUGGAUAAUACAAUGGUAGGACAUGAAGUUUGAAAAUGAAUCAUCCUUCAUGCAGAGGGCAAUAAAUCCUUUGUUUUUACCCAUCAUUGCUGGCGCCCCAUCAGUGGUUAUUGCAGACAGCUUGUGCAAAGGCAUAUUUAUUGACUUGGCGUAUGUUUUGAAUGUAUUAUAAAUAUCCUCACCCCUUGUCUGUCCUUUCAUAGGUAAUAUUUGUAACAUAUCCUCUUUUACUGUGAAGUUACUAAACACCAUUCUCACCAUAACUGCUAACUGUGCGGUGUCUGAUAUAUCUGUUGACUCGUCAAAUUGUAGCGAGAACCAGUCACAUAUUUCCAAGUCAGUUUUUAACUGAGUUUGUAUGUCUGUUGAAAUUGCAUGUAUUCUUCUUGUGACUGUGUUAUUUGACAACUGUAAGUCUUGCAUUGCUGAGACAAUCUCACGUUUGUUAGACAAUCCAUCAAACAAACAAUCGGCACCAGUCAAAAAUAGUUCCUUAAAAAACUCACCAUCAAUGAAAGGUUUCUUCUUUUUUGUGAGCAUGUGAGAUAUUUUGAAAGAAGCAAUAGUGGCCUUUUUAGAAUUGUCCACAUGUCUAGUGAAAACAGUCUGUUGUGCUGUUAGACUUGAUUUUAGAUUACAAUUUUUUUUCUUUCUUACUUCAGAUUUAAGAGGAUAAUUCAAAUUAAAAGUGCCAGGAUUUGUCUGAAAGUGUCGUUCAACGUUAUGUUUUUUCGGCACUGCAAUGCUACUACCACACACCAAACAAACGCAUUUAUUUUUCAAAUUAACGAAACAAUUUGAUUCCUCCCAGUCAGUGUUAAAAUGAUAGGUUCGUUGUCUUUCACUUGGUCCACUCAUUUUAGGGCUAAAAUAAAUAAUAACAAAAUAAUAAUUGAACUACAAUAUAAUAUCAAUGUUAUAGCGCAAGUCUGUUCUGCAUUGUAUGCAUAAAUAUAUUAUAACAAGAACUAUAACUAUCUCCUCAAUAAUAAUAGUUUAUUAAUAGAUCAUCGCUUAUGAAUACAAUAAAUUACGCACCUCGCUUUUAGCCUGUUAAUUUUUUUUUUUUAUAGAAAACUCCUAAUUCGUGUUUCGUCUGACGAACAUGUCUCUUAUCUAACUGUCGCGACCCGAACAGGGCAGCAAUCACAAUGACAACAACGCGGUUUCAGGCGAGGAAUGCUUUUUGCGCAUCACUCCAUGUACACGCGGAAAACCCGAAGUGAGCCGAUGAUCGCCGAAGCCAUCAGAGUUAUGUGCCUUGUGAUUUGGCGCCUUCGGCGUUUAUCGGAUCAGUUCGUGGCGUUCGUUCCAUUCGUUCACUUCGGGUUUUCUGCGUGUAUAAGGUGUGAUGUGCAAAUGGCACUAGCCGUUCCAGGCUAGCGUAAAUAGUGCAGUAAGGCUCGCCGCUAGACAAGUUGGGACAAGUAUCGAACAUAUUUAAUAAACCGAGACAGUCAAAAAAAAAUUAAAACUCUAACAAAUGAAUAAAAAUAAAUCAUAUUUUAAAAUAAUGUUUAUGAAAAAAUUCUGUCUCUGUCGAAAAGUGAUAGGCGGGCACAUACGAAUCGUUCCGCGGGCACAGGGUUGGGAACCUCUGGCCUAUAUGUUGACUUGACACAUGAAUGUCAUACGUAUCUAUGUUAGUUAUCGCUGCUUGUAUGUUGACUUGACACAUGAAUGUCAUACGUACCUAUGUUAGUUAUCGCUGCUUGUAUCUUGACUUGACACAUAAAUGUCAUACGUACCUAUGUUAGUUAUCGCUGCUUGUAUCUUGACUUGACACAUGAAUGUCAUACGUACCUAUGUUAGUUAUAGCUGCUGUAUGUUGACUUGACAUAUGAAUGUCAUACGUACUUAUGUUAGUUAUAGCUGCUUGUAUGUUGACUUGACACAUGAAUGUCAUACGUACCUAUGUUAGUUAUAGCUGCUGUAUGUUGACUUGACACAUGAAUGUCAUACGUACCUAUGUUAGUUAUCGCUGCUUGUAUGUUGACUUGACACAUGAAUGUCAUACGUACCUAUGUUAGUUAUCGCUGCUUGCAUCUUGACUUGACACAUGAAUGUCAUACGUACCUAUGUUAGUUAUCGCUGCUUGUAUCUUGACUUGACACAUGAAUGUCAUACGUACCUAUGUUAGUUAUCGCUGCUUGUAUGUUGACUUGACACAUGAAUGUCAUACGUACCUAUGUUAGUUAUCGCUGCUUGUAUGUUGACUUGACACAUGAAUGUCAUAGGUACCUAUGUUAGUUAUCGCUGCUUGCAUGUUGACUUGACACAUGAAUGUCAUUAAGUACCUAUGUUAGUUAUCGCUGCUUGUAUGUUGACUUGACACAUGAAUGUCAUACGUACAUAUGUUAGUUAUCGCUGCUUGUAUGUUGACUUGACACAUGAGUGUCAUACGUACCUAUGUUAGUUAUCGCUGCUUGUAUGUUGACUUGACACAUGAAUGUCAUAGGUACCUAUGUUAGUUAUCGCUGCUUGUAUCUUGACUUGACACAUGAGUGUCAUACGUACCUAUGUUAGUUAUCGCUGCUUGUAUGUUGACUUGACACAUGAAUGUCAUACGUACAUAUGUUAGUUAUCGCUUCUUUUGUUUUUAUCAAAUCCGAAUACAAACUAAGUUUUUUUUUUGCAAAUUGAUUGACAAAUAACACUUAUGUAUUAUGGAUGCAAGAAAUUGUGUAUACAGUAACAUAAGAUACUAUAACAUAUGAUACUUUAUAAGGCAUUUAUUGAUCAUGCAUUGCACAAAUUGCUUUCAUUCUUCAACGUUUUAGCCUUAGAUUUGUGCUUUCCACCAAAUGUGGUCAGUAUCAAAGUCUUCAGUGAAUCAGUGUGUUGUCAGAAGAAGUACUUGAAUUUUCUUGAUCAAAUGUAUGGAACACGAGACGUUGUGCUACCAUUCAAAUCUAGACUAUUUAUUAUGUUUAGAAUUAGUUACUUCGGUAAGAAAAUAAAUUUAAAAAUCCAAAAAGUUAUAAAAACAUUACAAUUUAAAUAGAGCGAAUUUCAAACUUUAAAAAAAUGAAACGAGAAUCAACUUUCUAGCGUCAGUACUUUUUGAGUUAUGAAUUUUAAAGUGUGAGUUCGCUUGUUACUUUUUUACUUUGCAAUGCACCUCCAAAUUGUGUGACCCCCCUUUCCGCAUAUGGCGUUAUGGGCAAUAACUCUUGUUUACUUGAUACUUUUAUGGAACUUUAAUGUCAGGAUCAAUCAUUAAUGCUACGAUUUGAAAGUUCUAAUCAAAUUAAUUUUAAAAAUAUCCUGAAUAUAGGAGCCAGAAUGAUCAAUUCAUAAAUCGUGGGUCCUUAAUAUAUAGGAGAAGAAGAAGAAAUUAUAAAUAAAGUAUAACUUAUCUCGCUAUGUAAUAUGGAUUAUUACAUUAAAUACGAUAUUGAUCUUUGGUUUACCAAGUCUAGCGUUCAUUAAUAUAUAUAUAUAUAUAUAUAUAUAUAUAUAUAUAUAUAUAUAUAUAUAUAUAUAUUAUAAUAUAUAUAUGACAUUUUAUAGAAAAUAAUAUAUAUAUAUAUAUAUAUAUAUAUAUAUAUAUAUAUAUAUAUAUAUAUAUAUAUUAUAAUCUAUAUGAGGCAUUGUACAGCAAAUCGUCCCUUAAAAAUAAUAUUGGUUUUGGACUACUUAUUUUGAACUUUCAACUUUGGCACAUGACUAAUUAUUUAAAGCUUUCUAUGACCAAUGAUUUAAUAGUGUUUGCACACGGCACAUUCAUUCUCUUAUGAAUGAAACUAUGAGAACAGCACCGUGUGAAUGGUUGCCCAUGGCAACGUUUUGCACACGUCAAAUUAUGAUCAUUUAUGGACUCCACCGGGUCUUUAAAUCCUACAUGAAAAUAUUCUUUGUUUAAGUUACUUCUAAGUUCAUUCUGAAACACGUUAUCAAAUAUUUUGAUGUAAACGUGGUCAUAGUUAAAUCUUUCCUAAAUUUCGGACUCUUACACUACAAAAAAAAAGGGGGUGUGGUCGAAACGUACAGAAUGAUUAUGCGGCCAGAGCUCCUCAUGUUGUCAGUUAUCAGGCCCUCUGUGAAAACAGUUUGGUGGCCCCCCUGAUCUGUAACAAUGAUUUCCCGAGUGGACAUUGUCCACCGCUCUCAAAAAAAGGUAACACAGUUGAACACCGUUUAAAUGGCGUUGACGGCUGAACUCACUCAAUUCAAGUUUUUGUAAUGAAAUAUUAUUAUUUCAAUUUUUAACAACAAUUUAUCUUCUUUUUUUUUUUAAGCCUUGACCAUUAGCCAUGUCUGGCGUAGCAAUAAUUUCCGAAUGGAUCUUUGUGGAUAUGUGGAGCGCCAUCUUGAAUUAUUAGAAUAGAAUAUGCGCAUCAUCCAGAAUUUUACAUGGACAGCGUGUUUGUGUUGCCCUGGCUGGUUAGCAAAUAAUAGCAUAUAUACCAUGGGUACACAUUCGGACGGUUCUCAAAAUUGACAAGUACAAGAGUACCACGAUUGCCAAGUGCCACUCUAUAUACAAAACAUAGUUCGUCGUCUAUAUAUAUAUUUAUAUUAUACAUAUAUCUGAGAAUGUGAGCAAGAGUUGUUUAUAUGUUAAUGAAGGAGUACACCUUCCAUAGCCCGGUCAAUCUCUGCUGGGGCUAACGCUGACGACAGGAGCAAUCGAGUUUAAUUCAUCAUCAAGCAACUAUCCCCAAAGACUGAAUCGGGUGUUUCGAUUCGUUUGGAGCUCCUAAUACCCGUGUUGCCUUAUGCGGCAAUCAAUGUCAACAAAUUGCAAAGAAAACCCUUGACCCCUGAUAGACGUACGUGACUGCGGCUUUGAAUCAAACAAGGUCACCACAUUCCUAUCGAUUCAUCUGCACUCUCAGCUUCCGGCCUAGUGACCUCACAACCCCCCCCCCCCCCCCCCCCCCCCCCCCCAAAAAACCCGCCUCCUCCUCCCCCCCCCCCCCCCGCCCCUCCACCUUUCGCCCCACGCUCUGUCAACUCAUGAGCUGAGACACAUAAACUCAGUCAACUGGAAGAACGCAGACAUGGAGUUUUGCCUCAAUCUGAUGUUUUUUUAUAUUAACUCUUGAACUUCCAGGGAAGUCACAAAAGGCAGUGCUUUGAUACACAUGACCAGUCUUUUGGGGUUUCCUCCACACACCACACUCGAUUUAGGAAUGUGGUUAGAUUUUAAUGAAGGUGUCAACUGUUUAAAAAAAAAAUAUUUUAGAAGAUAAGGACAGGGAGAAAAAAUUCCACAUUGUAGAUAAGUAUAGAUGAGUAUAGCAUAGAUGGCAAAAGCACAGAGGACAAUAGCAUAGAUGGCAAUAGCACAGAUGACAAUAGCAUAGCUGGCAAUAGCACAGAUGACAAUAGCAUAGAUGGCAAUAGCACAGAUGACAAUAGCAUAGAUGACAAUAGCAUAGAUGGCAAUAGCACAGAUGACAAUAGCAUAGAUGACAAUAGCACAGAUGACAAUAGCAUAGAUGCCAAUAGCACAGAUGACAAUAACACAGAUGACAAUAGCACAGAUGACAAUAGCAUAGAUGACAAUAGCACAGAUGACAAUAGCAUAGAUGACAAUAGCAUAGAUGACAAUAGCAUAGAUGGCAAUAGCACAGAUGACAAUAGCAUAGAUGACAAUAGCAUAGAUGACAAUAGCAUAGAUUACAAUAGCACAGAUGACAAUAGCACAGAUGACAAUAGCAUAGCUGGCAAUAGCACAGAUGACAAUAGCAUAGAUGGCAAUAGCACAGAUGACAAUAGCAUAGAUGACAAUAGCAUAUAUGGCAAUAGCACAGAUGACAAUAGCAUAAAUGACAAUAGCACAGAUGACAAUAGCAUAGAUGACAAUAGCAUAGAUGACAAUAUCACAGAUGACAAUAGCAUAGAUGACAAUAGCAUAGAUGACAAUAGCACAGAUGACAAUAGCAUAGAUGACAAUAGCAUAGAUUACAAUAGCAUAGAUGACAAUAGCAUAGAUGACAAUAGCACAGAUGACAAUAGCACAGAUGACAAUAGCAUAGAUGACAAUAGCAUUUUACGUUGGACUUAAUGGUUUCAACGGCAUUUUUUUAUUAAAAAAUAUUUUUUUAACGUUAAGUUUUUAUUCCUUUAUAAAAUUGAUGAAAGCCCAUCUUGUGGGUUGACCAAAAAAAAGUAAAACUUAUUAAAUGUUAAAAUAAAGGGCUAAAUUUUGGUGCCUUGUUUGAAGCAUUUAAGAAGCAAUCGAUUACAUAUGGAAUGUUAGAACCAUGUGUCCUGUAUUUGUCAUCGACCUUCAACCGAAUGACGACACACGGAGGACUGCCGUCAUUGACAAGAACUUGCCGGGCUAAACCUUGACAUGACCUGCCUUCAAGAGACCCGACUAGCAAAUAGUGGUACCAUAAAGGAAGCGAGCUACACAUUCUACUUGCAGGGAAAAUCCGGGAAUCAACCUAGGCGGCAUGAUGUUGUAUUUGCCGUAAAAAAACACAUUAUUAGCCUGUAUUGAACCUUCUUCAUUGGGAUCAGGAAAGAUUCUGCGACUUCGGAUGUCAACAUCUGCUGGCAUGGUCAACGUAUUCAGUGUGUAUGCUCCAACUCUUCUUUCGUCUCCAGGGGAGAAAUAUCUGUUCUAUGAGGCCCUGGACCAAGAAUUAUGACGUGUUCCCAACAUCGAAGCAUUGUACAUUCUGGGAGACUUUAAUGCUAGGGUAGAAGCUGAUCAGGAAGCCUGGCCGUCGUGUCUAGGUUAUCACGGAUAAGGAAGGAUUAAUGAUAACGGACAACGAUUGCUGGAGCUGUGCUGCUCCCAUGGUCUCUGUGUUACAAAUACCUUCUUCAAAUGUAAACAAAUCCAAAAGGUGUCAUGGCGACACCCACGUUCCCGCCACUCGACCAAGCUAGACAUCGUCAUCAUUAGGCGUGUGGGGCUAGCCAGUGAAUUUUACACACGCAGCUGCUAUAGUGCUAACUGUGAAAUGGACCAUUUUCGCGUAGCAAGCAGGAUACGUCUAAUGCACAAAAAGCUGCAUAAUGCUAAAAAGAAUUAUCGUCCACGAAUUAACAUCCACUGCUCAAAUGACCCAGUAAAAAACGCUUGACUCUAACUGGACUCAUUUACGAGAUUCUGUGUACGAUUCAGCCAUGGUGGCAUACGGUAAAAUGGAACAUAAAAAUAAUGACUGGUACGAGGCGAAUGGAAUGUGAUGGACCCCGUAACCGGAAGAGUCCUACUUGCCUAUAGGGAUGCACCUUGUGCUGUUAGACUGCAGGCUAUCCAAACUGUAAAAAAAAAUAUUUUUAGCAGAUGGCCCAUUUUGUGCCAACACUUAUUGGAUGUACCUUUGCAACUGUAUCCAAUUGGCUUCCGACAUCAGGGAUGCAAGGAGCAUGUAUGAUGGCAUCAAGAAGGUAUUAGGUCCACACGCUUCAAAAAUAGCACCAUUCAAAUCUAAGACAGGUAAAAUUAUCCAGAAUCCCAAUGAUCGACUCCGGCGUUGAGUAGAGUAUUAUCUUGAACUGUACGCAACAGUGAAUCUAGUCACUGAGUCCGCUCUGACUAAUGUUCUUGUCUUGCCAAGAAUGGAAGAACUAGAUGAAUAGUCAACUUUACAGGAGCUCAAAAAAGCCAUUGACUACCUUGCUGGUGGGAAGGCACCAGGGGUUGACGGCGUUCUUCCGGAAGUCCUUAAAAAUAGAAAAAAACAAUACUACCUCAGCCCUUACAUGAGCUCCUCUGUCUGUGUUGGGAAGCAGGUCACAUACCCAACUCACGAGAGAUGCCAACAUCGUAACAUUGUACAAAAAUAAAGGAGACCAAAGUGAUUUGUAAUAACUACCGAGGCAUUUCUCUCGUUGACUUAGUUGGAAAGACUUUUGCCCGUGUUGCUCUAAAACGAUUGCAGAGUCGAGCGAACCGCAUCAACCAAGAGUCCCAGUGUGGCUUCCGGAGUGGGCGCUCAACUAUAGAACUAUAGACAUGAUAUUCUCGUUACGCAAAUGCAGGAGAAGUGUCGUGAACAGCAUAUGCCUCUUUAUAUUUAUUCCAUAUAUCUGACAAAGGCAUUCGACUAGUUAAGUCGGGGAGGCCGGUUCAGUAUCUUUCAAUGAAUAGGUUGCCCACCACGACUGCUCACAAUAAUACAGUCAUUUUACAAAAACAUGCACAGCACAAAAACCUUCAAUGGCGCUGUCUCUGAGUCAUUCCCAGCCAGCAGCCGAGUAAAACAGGGGUGUGUACUGGCACCAACGCUCUUCUCCAUUUUCUUCUCGAUGCUCCUUCAAUUUGCCUCCAGGGACUGUGACUAUGAAUUGUACAUCCAUACCAGAUCUAAUGGUAGGCCAUUCAAUAUCGCCCGCCUUCGUGCAAAUACCAACGUAAAAAAGGUACUAAUUCGUGAACUGAUGUUCGCUGACGAUGCCGCCUUAACAUCUCAGACAGGAGAAGGUCUUCAGCGGCUAGUUAAUCGUUUAUCACUCGCUUGUAAAGAGUUUGGACUGUCAAUUAGUCUACAGGAAACACAUGUUUUGAUGCAAGAAGCACUGUACCCUAAAAUUAUAUAUAUUAAGGGCCACAAUCUUUCGGUUGUUGAGCAUUUUACAUGAGUAUGGAAUAAUCUCAAUCUAACUGAUAAAACAAACUAAGUGUCUAUCAGGCAUGCGUGCUUAGUACGCUCCUAUAUCGCAGUGAAGUGUGGACCACAUAUACCAGACUUGAGCGGGAAACUCAACAGCUCCCAUCAAAGAUGUCUGCGUCGCACUUUACGCAUUCGAUUGCAAGACAAAGUGUUUAACACAGAGGUCUUGGAACGUGCACACAUGUUUAGCAUAUUCUCCGCUCUUAGCAAGAGGCGCCUUCACUGGUUAGGCAAUGUGAGGAGAAUGGAGGAAGGCCGUAUCCCAAAGAUGCUGCUUUAUGGAGAGUUGGCCGAAGGGACAAGACUUAUUUGGCGGCUACGUCUGAGAUUUAUGGACGUUUGCAAAGUAGCAUGAGGGUAUCCAACAUAGAAAUCAACAAAUUAAUGGGAGAUCAUUGCCAAAAAACGUUCCAGCUGGCCAACAGCAGUGUAUGAAGAGUCAAAAAGGCAGACGAUGCGCGAAACGAAGCCCUUGCAACAAAAAUAAUAGGACGGGAGGCCAAAUCUUACCAGGAAUCAAUAUUCUCCUGCGAGAAAUGCAGUCGAGAUUGCCAUUCCAGGAUUGGCCUAGUAAGCCACUCGCCGAAGUGUACAAAACUACUCCAUCGUCUCGCGAAGACGUAAGGAUGCCAUAUUAUUAUUUUUAUUAGAUUUAUUUAAAAAAAUGGGACAACAUUAUCAGUUUUGGAACACUUGGUAAUUAAAUUAAGGAAUUUUAAUGCUUGUACUUAUGACGGCACUGAGUGCAUCCUUCUUGUCCACCUCGCUCUCACUGUGCACCGUAAUGCACUUUCAAUCACUGCUUUCCCCAUGGUGCACUUGAUCUCGUACGCACCAGAUGCACACAAAAUAAAAUCUAGAUGAUGACUUUUCCUAUAAAGGACCUGACAGAAUUAUUUGAAUCAGAGCUCUUAACGAAGAACGGCCCGUAUCUUACGCACGGAACAUGAUUGUGUUCUCAAGCUAGCAUUAUUAUAAUUAUUGGCAGCGUAGAUGGCGUUUCUGGAUGUCAACGGAUGCAGCCGGGAGUCAAUGUGUCCUUAAAGAGGUUCUUAGUUUAACGGUGUCUUCACCAAGUGGUUCAGACUGUGAUGUUGAAACAAUGAUGUCUUUACGUUGGCGUCCUUCUUUGUCAAGGCGGUGCUAAGCCACGGCAGUCUUAACAUAAAAAUAGAGCUGCUAAAAUUCAAACCCUGACUUGAUUAAAUAUUGAUUGUGACGAACUAAUGUACUUUCUUCAUACAUAAUCGAUGUUAGUGUAUAAUGAAUUUGUUCAUUUGCAGCAUCUUAUUGUGGUUUUUAAUGGAAAAAACCCUUAAAACCCUGUUUGUUUCGAAGACGAUAUUAAACGCACUAAAUAAUACAAAAUAAGUUUGAUAAAAUUUCUUAAAAUCAUUACGCAAAGAAUGUAUUACCAAAUGGCUACAAGGCUUACUAUGACACCAAAGCAUUCCAAUUAAAUUUAGAUGAAACAUAAAUAUGUAUUUUUUUUCCUUCUAAUUUGUGAAAAUAUUAUCUGCACAAAAGGCGUUUGAGUAAUAAUUUUAUGAAAAUUUAUUAAAAACCCACAAAAAAAAAAAACACAAAAAAACAAACAAUCUUUUAUUGCGUUUAAAAUAGUAUUCAAAUGAAAGUCUUUUAUAAAAUCGAUUAAAAUUAUAAUUAAAUUUAGAUGAAACAUAAAUAUGUAUUUUUUUUCCUUCUAAUUUGUGAAAAUAUUAUCUGCACAAAAGGCGUUUGAGUAAUAAUUUUAUGAAAAUUUAUUAAAAACCCACAAAAAAAAAAACACAAAAAAACAAACAAUCUUUUAUUGCGUUUAAAAUAGUAUUCAAAUGAAAGUCUUUUAUAAAAUCGAUUAAAAUUAUUAUUUUUUUUUUGCUACGUAAGAGUUUGAGCAUUGGACUCGGCAAACUAUGCACAUAAGACGGUUUUUUUAAAGAACGAAUGUUUACGAAGUCGGGUUAUAGCGACUGAGCUCUUUAUUUUUUGGCAUGAAACUAAAAAGUCGAAUGGAAUGAAUGCUGAUAAGAGGGAAUUACCCCAAUGCCCUGCCCAACACCUCUACCACCCCACACCAAAAGGCUACACCUUGGUUCAAUGGUCAUUUUAAGCAAACGGUUCGGUUUGAGAGUUUUAAAUCCCCCUCCCCCCCCUUUUUUUUCCAUCACUCUCCACCCCAACCCCCUCCCGUCGACCCAGCAUACCGGAGGUGUAGCCAUGUGUCAACAACUCAAUGCGGCCUAACAGGUCAGCACGAGGAAGACUGAAUCGACCGAGCGAGAGGGUUAUGUGUGACAACACGAAAUUAUUACAAAUCACGUAGAAAGAAAGCCUUAAUGGAUGUAUUCCAAGCUAACAAUCAAUUCACCCAAAUACUCUUUUUUUUACCCUCUGUACAGCUAAACUAUCGUUUUACACCAACAUGAAGCAUAAGGUAUUUUAUCUUCGCUAAAACAAAAUAGUAUUGAACGUAUCCAUUAGUUACAAAAAAUAAUAAUCAGCAACUAAGUAACUUUUAUCAGUCUAUUAUAUAUAGUGCCCGCAACAACCGAUCCACGUCAUCUCCAACAUGAACGUGUUCUUCGUUUCGUGUAUAUAGCCUGACUGACAACACAUGUAAGACAUGAGGUUCGGAAGACUAGAUCUCUUAAAACAUCAAGUGAGCUUCUAACAAUAUUUCAUGUAGAUAAAUAUGUCAACUAUCGGUGUAAUACAUAUGUCAACUAUCAGUGUAACACAGAUGUCAACUAUCAGUGUAAUACAUAUGUCAACCAUCGGUGUAAUACAUAUUUCAACUAUCAGUGUAAUACAGAUGUCAACUAUCAGUGUAAUACAUAUGUCAACCAUCGGUGUAAUACAUAUGUCAACUAUCAGUGUAAUACAGAUGUCAACUAUCAGUGUAUUCGCUGUGGUAAGAAGGUGGCCAGUCAGGAAACCUUCCACCAACCCAGAAAUGAAGCAAGGCAAACUUUCUGGGAGUGUCCCUUAAAUUUGCUCUUGUCUAGUUUCUCGCCCAAUCCAGUGGCGUUGGCAGGGGCGGUGCUGAGGGGGUGGUCCACCCGGGGUGGCACUUUUUUCCUUUAUUAUGGAGGGGCGCUGAUUUUAUUUUCGUGUAAAGGGUGAAGGGGCGGCAAAAUCUUGGCCCGACUCGGUGGGCUCUAGCCCUGGCUACGCCACUGGGCUGGCCUAAAACAAAAGAAAAUCAAUAAAUAUCCGCCAUAGCCCUGAAACUAGUUUUCCUCUGCUGGUGGUUUUUGUCACACUGCCAGUGGUCCCGAAGUUCUUCCCCUCAGCUAUGUUACAUGAAAUCAAACAAUGAAAAAUAACAAAUUGAAUUUUAACACAUGGCUGAUAAAAAAAUCGAUAAAUGUGAAUGUGCUUUUUAAAUUUCGUAUCAAAACGACCUGUAACAUUGCUUCUCAAUCUUUUCUAUAGUCUGCUACCCCCCCCCCACCACCCCCCCACCACCCCCCUCCCCAAGAAUUGUUUGAGUAAGUCUCGAAAUCCCACUUUACAAAUUGUUUGCCCCAGCACUGGCAGGCCUACAAAAGUAACAAUGCAGUUUGAUUUAUUUAUUGAAUUAGAGAAAAGAACUUUAAAACACUAAACGUGUGUCUUGUUUCAUGGAGGAUUUUUUUUUUUUAAAGACUAGAGAUAAUCCGAGAAAACCAAUGGCGGUGGCGGUGUGAGAACUUCCUAUCUACUUAAGUUCUUUCAAUCGCGUGCAUUCACGUAGCGCACUUUAUAAAAAAACAACAACUCACCAACUCACAUGUUUUUGUAUGCGCCCAUUUAACGCUAAGCUACAGUCAUCCGCACAUACACACCUAAGUCAUUAUUAUUUAUGACUUGAUAUCAAUGGUUCUUCUGUCUGUAAUCAAGGCUGGACAAAAAACCCUGAUUAAGAGCCAAUAAUAAUAUUUCAGUUGAGCAAAGAUCAAAGGUCAGUCAGAUUGUAUACUGUGUUUUUAAGCAAAUAAUUAAAAUAUGGCUGAACACAAGGAAAUUUACGUGCACUAUUGCAUGCAGCAAACACCCCCACCUGGCCAACUGGAUUCAUCUCAUGCGCCCAUUCUGCAAACACCCCCAUCUGGCCAACUGGAUUCAUCUCAUGCGCCCAUUCUGCAAACACCCCCAUCUGGCCAACUGGUAUCCUCUCAUGCGCCCAUUCUGCAAACACCCCAAUCUGGCCAACUGGAUUCAUCUCAUGCGCCCAUUCUGCAAACACCCCAAUCUGGCCAACUGGAUUCCUCCCAUGCACCCAUCCAGCAAACACCACCAUCUGGCAAAGUGGAUUCUUCUCAUGCGCCCAUUCUGCAAACACCCCACCUGGCCAACUCGAUUCCUCCCAUGCGCCCAUUCUGCAAACACCCCCAUCUGGCCAACUGGAUUCUUCUCAUGCGCCCAUCCAGCAAACACCCCCAUCUGGCCAACUGUAUUCCUCUCAUGCGCCUGGUUAAAUAAUUGGCGUGCAUGUAAAGAAGAAGGCAGUGCUCAAAGAAAAAGGCGAUUGGCUGAUUAAAUUAGUGUGAUCCGAGACAGGUUUCCCAGCGUGGAUAUUUUAAUUAAUGUGAGAGAGAAAGCUCUUAACAGCUCUUGGGCAUCGACUGCAGGGCAGUAGGUAAGGGGGGGGGGGUUAGGCCACGGGGUGUUGACAAGGUCUGAUAAGAAGAAAAGGGGCCAACUUCAAUAAGACGAUGUAUGGUUUUAAUUUAUUUUUUUUCUAUUGAAAGAGAAAAUUUAGAUUGAUGUUUAGAUUGAUGUUUAGAUUGAUGUUUAGAUUGAUGUUUAGAUUGAUGUUUAGAUUGAUGUUUAGACUGAUGUUUAGAUUGAUGUAUAGAUUGCUUUUAAAGUAAGGUUUCUUAAUCGGAAAUCAGUUGUAGAAAUCAAGAAGUUCAAGCAAUGUGAAAUGGCUUUCUGCAUAAUCGAAUCAAAUGUGCCCUUUAGGAAUGUCAAAGUUAUAUGACGGUAUCAAAACUGCCUCGACACAAGGCUAGGAAAGAUGAUUUUUGAAUUGUCUCUCAAUUUUAGACAAUUUGAACACACCCAUAGUUUAAAAUCCAAACGCAAGUGUAGAUUGAAUCGAUAUUUGUGUUUAGUUAUUCACUGUUAGGUGUUCGAAAAUAUUUAUUUUAGACACAUAAGUCUACAAAACGUAUUUUAAUUCAAGUAUAUUUCUAUAUAUCUCUAUACAUUUCUAUAUAUAUUCUAUAUAUCUCUAACUUUCUCUACGUAUUUCUAUAUAUCUCUAUAUAUUUCUAUAUAUAUUCUAUAUAUCUCUAACUUUCUCUACGUAUUUCUAUAUAUCUCUAUAUAUUUCUAUACUAGUCUAUACAUUUCAAAACAUUCUUUAAGUUUAAGUCACGUUGAUUUCUGAUAUGCUCACGGCAGUCCCCCACACCAAGAGUUUGAGAAUUCUGCAAAGAGGUAUCCAUACGUCAUCAACUAAUAAAACCGUGUUUCUCUUUUCUUACCGUUCUCCAGAAAUGUACGCAGGCAAGCAGUGCGUGGUCCGCACCAACAAGGUGGCGCCUGUCAUCAUCAAGGAUUGUCGCGAGGAGUUCCAACAGUUCCUGGAGCUGAAUGAACCAAUCGUCAAUGGGAGUCUGGCAGACGGCAUGCCAGAACAUCCACUUAUCAAGGUGAACUGUCACAAACGCUCCAUGUGUGUGUUUUGGGGGGGGGGGCGGCAAAUAGGGAAUAGGUUUUCUCAGGGUUUCAAAUGUUUAGCUGCAUUGCAGGGUUCCUGUCAAAGAAUCCCUUUAAAAAAAAAUUAGAUCAAUUUAAAAAAAAAUAAGAUCAAUAUAAAAAAAAAGAAAAAAAAAAAAAAAAAGGAAUGAAAAAAAAAAGGAUAGAAUAGUUCAGUUUCCCUCAAAUGACGGCAUUGUAAGAAGGCGUCAUGAAAUAGUGGUAACCAUAGUAUAGCUGUCAAGAGAAAAUAAAUUACAGGGUAGUAUUUGAAAAAAUGGAUUAGUGCCUUCAAAGGCGUACAGAGGACAUGUUGCGCCCCGUCAAGAACUAAAAUUGCCAUGCUAUCAAGCUUGAAAAAUAAGCUUAAAAGUGUAAAUAUAAAAUUACGAUUGUCCAUAGAUUAUACAAGGCUAGCAGAGUCAGGAGAUUUGGGAAUGAAUACUUUAGCUUAUUCACCACAGGUAGGCUAGCAGAGUCAGAAGAUUUGUGAAUGAAUAAUUUAGCUUAUUCACCACAGGUAGGCUAGCAGAGUCAGAAGAUUUGUGAAUGAAUACUUGAGCUUAUUCACUACAGGUAGGCUAGCAGAGUCAGGAGAUUUGUGAAUGAAUAAUUUAGCUUAUUCACCACAGGUAGGCUAGCAGAGUCAGCAGAUUUGUGAAUGAAUAAUUUAGCUUAUUCACCACAGGUAGGCUAGCAGAGUCAGAAGAUUUGUGAAUGAAUAAUUUAGCUUAUUCACCACAGGUAGGCUAGCAGAGUCAGAAGAUUUGUGAAUGAAUACUUGAGCUUAUUCACCACAGGUAGGCUAGCAGAGUCAGGAGAUUUGUGAAUGAAUACUUGAGCUUAUUCACCACAGGUAGGCUAGCAGAGUCAGCAGAUUUGUGAAUGAAUACUUGAGCUUAUUCACCACAGGUAGGCUAGCAGAGUCAGCAGAUUUGUGAAUGAAUAAUUUAGCUUAUUCACCACAGGUAGGCUAGCAGAGUCAGCAGAUUUGUGAAUGAAUAAUUUAGCUUAUUCACCACAGGUAAACUAACGUAAGAAAAAAAACGAUUUAAAAACAAACACUUUGUUCGGCCCGUAGAUUUUGCACCCCAUCUAAAGGGAGUCCACUGUAAGUGACGUGUCCUGCCCCACCUUCGGUACGCCUCUGAGUGCCACCACCUGACAUUUUACACAGAGGGGUGGUGUAUUAUAUAACCACAGUGAAAUACCGGUAACGAAAUAAUUAUUAAUAUAUAAUUAAUCGUUUUGUUUUAUUUGUUUAGCCUCUCCCACCAUGAAACUUGCUUAUUGAAACCACUUGAGACCAUUUCUAACAGUAUUUUUGAGACACCUUAGAAAUGUCAUUUUGAUACCACUUGCAAUUGUAUUCUUGGGACCACUUUCAUCUCAUUUUUACGUCACUUCCUCUACAACAAACACACAUUUUAACCACACACAAAAAAGCGAUGAAUCAUCUAAAUUAUACAUAUUUAAAACAUUGACUGCAGUAAGUGGGUCGAGAAAUCAAACCUUUGUCAGUCAGAGAGUAUCUAAAACUGCGGAUAAAAAGUAUCUAAAACUGCGGCUAGAGAGUAUCUAAAACUGCGGUUAGAGAGUAUCUAAAACUUUGGUAAGAGAGUAUCUAAAACUGCGGUUAGUCAGUAUCUAGUAAUGUGGUAAGAGAGUAUCUAAAACUGCGGAAAGAUUGUAUCUAAAGCUGUGGUAAGAGAGUAUCUAAAAUUGCAGUAAGAGAGUAUCAAGAUCUACGGUAAGAGAGUAUGUAAAACUGUUGGAGAGUAUCUGCGGUUUUGGGGAAAAAGCAUAUUGAAAAAUGACUUGAAUAGAGAUGAGGUAGUGAGUUAAUUGACUUAGUUUAUACAGACACUGCCAGGAGUGAUUCGAUCGUCCAAAAAUAGUUAGCUUUUUGUACAGUCUAUAAAUAAGUUACAGGCUAUCACUAAGCUACAGGCUAUAACUAAGUUACAGGCUAUCACUAAGCUACAGGAUAUCACAGCAGAUUUUGAGAAAGACAUGACAAGGGUCAGGGGACACAAAAAUGUAUUUGCACUGCGUGAUUAAAUAUAUAUUACCUCCACUCGGUAACUCUCUCGAAUGACGUAUGACGUAUCACGAGACUUUGCUGCUAAGGGAUUUAGAAAACAACAUAAUAGAUAAUAAAUGAGGCUGCAGUAGUCAGGGAGUGAAUUCACAAAUCAAGACGUAUUUCUGACGUAUGAAAUAUAUGUUACUUGAUAAUUAAAAAUAAUAACGUAAUAUGUGACCCCCCACGAUAGUUUCGGUCGUAUGUCACCAAAGUUAGUUUUGCGCUAGCGUUGAAAAGAGACGGUGGGUAACAAUGAUACGCUUGACCACGGCAUACUUCUCCAACGUCGGCAAAAAACGUUCGGUUUCACCGAUACUGUCCUGAGAUGGUUCCGUUUGUAUCUGAUAAAUCGGGUUCAAUCAGUUAUUGCAAACGGCUUGACCUGGAAGCAAUCUACUAUCAAAUUCGGAGUACCCCAGGGCUCGAUCAUAGGCCCGGUGCUUUUCACAAUGUACGUUCAGCCCUUGGGUGCAGUGAUCAAGCAGUUUGAUAUGCUAUAUCACAAGUUCGCGGAUGAUACCCAACUUCAGCAAUGUCUCAGUUCCCUCAGCUUAUUAGUAUGACACAGAAAGCAGUGGAGUCAGUUAAGCACUGGAUGAACAUAAACAAGCUCAAAUUGAACGAUGAAAAGACCGAGCUGAUCCACAUUGCUACCGCUCAAAAGCUAAGAUCUGUAAAUAACACACAAACUCUUUUCUUUCUAAGGUAUGCAGAUUAAAUUUGCUCAAACAGUGCGAAACCUGGGUGUCUACAUAAACAGAGGACUAUCUAUGGAAAAUCACAUUAAUAUGAUUUAAAAGGUAAUUUUCUAGAGCUGCGCAGAAUUAGUCAUAUCAGACCUUUCUUAACGUUUGAUGCAACAUAGAGGCUGAUGUCUGCAUUCGUGCUACACGCAUGGACUACUGCAAUUAGAGACCAACCGAAUUUCGGCUUCUGCUUUAGUUUCGGCGCCGAAAGUGGCUAUUUUAUCACUUUCGGCCUAGUUUUGGUUUUGGCUGAAACUGAAAAGUUAACUUUUGGCUUAAUUUCACUUUCGGCUGAAAGAGAAAAGUUAACUUUCGGUUUAUUUUCGGUUUUGAAAAUUGAUGCGAAGGAAAAAGUUAUUGUAGGUAGAUUGAAUUUUAACUUUUUAUUCGUAGUGAAGGCCUUUUUAACUAACCCCAUUUUAAAAGACAUCCUAUUAUAUGGAGCAUGAACUUGGAAAACAACGGUGAGAAUUACGCAGAAAGUGCAGACCUUCAUAAGGCCAUGUCUUAGAAAGAUCCCGAACAUAAAAUUACCAAAUAUUAUCACCAACAAAGAUCUACUAGAAAGGUGCGCAUCAACGAAGAAAAUUAAAGAAACAAUGGAGAUAAAUAGGACAUGAUCUCCGAAAACCCCCAGAUAGCAUCACCAGACAAUUCCUAACAUGGAGUCGACAGGGAAAAAGAAGGAGAGGAAUGUCAAAGAAUACAUGGAGACGCGAGCUAGAGGCAGACACGCAAAAUAUGGGACACACCUGGAAACAGCCGGAAAGAAAAGCACAGGACCGUGAUGAAUGGAGAAUUCUUGUGGAUGGCCCCAGACUGGGUAAAAAGGCAUAAGAAGAAAAAGUUUUUGAAAGUGACCAGGCUGACAGGCUCGGAACUUCCAUCACUCGUAUACACUAGAGGAAAUUUUAUUAUGGAUCCCUUGAUAAUGUAUCAGAUUUCUACGAUUUACACAAUUAUGGUUGUGCAUUACCCGCCAACUUACUUUUAAAAAAUUUUUUUUACAAACCGCUCUCUUUGCCAUGUUUGUUUCAUAAAAAGCUACAAAAUAAACACUUUUCUUCCGAUUUUAAAACGGUUUUUACCAUUAUAAUCAUCAUUAAAAAAUAUGUAGAAAUAUUUAAAAAAAUCAGAAUUAGACUAGUCGGUGAUAUUCGACUGAAACCGUCUCGGGGAGUCACGUUAAAGAUAUGAGAAUGGGGGGAAACGGGCUGGCGCAUUACGGCUAAAUUUUUCUGUCAUGUAGCGGGCCGCAAAAUAUUGUCUUAUGGUAAAAAAUGGCUCACGGGGUGCGAGUUUGAGACCCUUAUAUUAGAUUUUUAUUUAUUAAUAUUCAUGAUUUUUUCAUAUUGAUAAAAAGAAUGUUAAUAUUGAUACUUUCCCCCGUCAUUUGUGAUGUAUGCAGAAUGUAUGCGUGAACGAAUUUUAAAAUAUCUAAAUAUAUCAUUUUCAGCUUCGGUUUCGGCCGAAAUUCUCUUUAAUCUUUCGGUUUCGGCUUCGGUUGGAACCAAAAGUCAUUUUUUAACUUUCGACCUAUUUUCGGUUUCGGUCGAAAGUCAUUGCAAACUUUCAACCUAUUUUCGGUUUCGGCCGAAAUCAGAAAAUCACUUUUGGUCGGUCUCUAACUGCAAUGCUCUCAUGGUGGGUCUUCCAACUACGCUCCUUGAUAAAAUUCAAAAAGUACAGAACAAUGCAGCUCGCAUUGUUUUUCGCAAAUGCAAAUUUUACCGUGCUAAAACACUUCUGAGAGAGUUGCAUUGGCUGCCAGUCCGCGCUCGCAUAGAGUAAAAAAUUGCAACCGCUGCUUGUAUGACAUGGCGCCGUGCUAUCUCAAAGCGCUCAUGACGCCUUAUGUACCCACUAGAAACUCAGCCCAUCCGAAAGUGGCAAACUUUCGAUACCACAUGUUCACCUUGAGACUUACGGAAGGCGCAAAUUCGCAUUUGCUGGCCCAACAAUUCGGAACACACUUCCUGUCGGUCUCAGAAACAGCCAGACACUGGAGUCUUUCAAAACCGAUUUGAAAACAAAUCUUUUUCGCAAAAACCUGCUGGGGUGAUGUUUUCUACCAUGUUUUUCAACUAGCUAUUAUCUCCUGGAUGUAUAAUGGCCUGUGUUGUUUAUUGUUGCAAGGGAUGAAAGACUUAGAAUGGAUUUUCUCGUAUGUAGUUUUUUUGUAAUGUUGCCUUUUGUAUUUCAAUGUGGUAAAAAAUAUAGAUUUUUUUCAUUUCUCUUUUAAUGUUGUUGACUUUUUACCACGCUUCGAGCCUUUUAUAUUAUAUUUUAUGUCUAACGUAAUAUUUCUUACCCCCCCCCAACCACCGCACCAUUUCCCCCCUCUCCAACACCACACCUCUCACUCUCUCACACAUACAUUUCCGCAAACACUCACACACAAUCUUCUGAGUGUUUUCUGAGCCCAUCUUACUGCGUGGUCUGACUUCAUGGGUGGCUGAACCGUCCGUAUAUGAUGAGGCUCAAUUUCAAGAUUCACAUUGUAUUUUUCUUUUUGUGGUUGUUCUCCUCUUAAAUCGAAUGCAACUUCCCAUUAAUGAAUUACACUCUCUCUUUCUCUUUCCUAUACUCUUUCCCCUUCUCUCUCUCUCUCUCUCUCUCUUUCUCUCUCUCUCUCUCUGUAUGUCUUCCUUAAUCUUUCCCCUUCUCUCUCUCUCUCUCUCUCUCUGUAUGUCUUCCUUAAUCUUCCCCUUCUAUCUCUCUCUCUCUAACUCUUCAUCAAUCGUUCCCAUUUUCUCUCUCUUUCUUCCUUACUCUUUCCCCUUCAAUAUCUCUCUCUCUCUCUCUCUUUUUCUAUCACUCUAUUUGUGAUUUAUUCUCAUUCUCCCACUUCCAUCCAUUUUUUCUUCACAAAAUAUUCAUUGAAACGUGAGUGACCUCAUUGUAAGUUAAUACCUAAAAAAAAUCUUAAAAUAUUGUUCAGGGCUUUUAAAUGACAUUUCUCUCUUUUUAACAUUGAAUAAAGAAAACAUUCGUUGAAAUAUUUGUGACUGUCGAACAAGGUAGGAUUAUGGACGCCAUCAUCAAUACACUAGACGGGAAAACAGCCUGGCAAGCGUAUGAGUGAUGCAGAGGGGCAAACAGCCUGGCUAGAGUGUGCGUGAUGCAGAGGGGCGAACAGCCUGGCUAGAGUGUGAGUGAUGCAGAGGGGCGAACAGCCUGGCUGGCGUGUGAGUGAUGCAGAGGGGCGAACAGCUUGGCUGGCAUUUGAGUGAUGCAGAGGGGAAAACAGCCUGGCUGGCGUGUGAGUGAUGCAGAGGGGCAAACAGCCUGGCUCGCGUGUGAGUUUUGCGGCAAACAUAAUGUGACGCUCAGUAGAAAGUUCAAUGCACAAAACUUUCAUAUGUGGGGAGCGUGGCGGUGGUUGUAACACGCACCAUUAUUUAAUUGAGUUUGGAAGCGCUGACCAUGGCGACAAAAUGUCGGUGUUGUAGAACAGGGGUAUACAAACGUGAUUAGCCAUAGCCCCCAAAAGAUAUUGGUUUAAAAGCCGACAGGAACUCUCAUUUGAAAUGAAUAAAAUCAUAGACUAUUUACAUUGAAAUGGUUUGUUUCUUCUAUUUGUACGGAGAAUACAAUACAAAUGUCAAAGGUAAAAAAUUAAUUCAAUAAAAUUGUCUAAUUAAUCAGAUCCAAUGUGAUGGUGUCUUUAGGAUUAAAUAAUGGAUUUCUGUGUUUUUUUUAUGUUCAAACAAGUUAAAAAAAAAAGUUUUCUCUUUGGUAAGUUCUUGCUUAGGGCAGCAACUUUGUUUAUACCCUCCUUUCGGCAAUUUAGAAAACCCUAGACUUAAGCAGUAGCGUCCCUUGGGGUUUGGGGGUGUGGACCGCACCAAGGGACAGCAUCACAUAGAGAUGACACCCUCACGAGGAGAUGACACCCUCUCAUAGACAUGACACUUCACAUAGACAUGAAACCCUCAAAUGGACAUGACACCUCACAUAGAGAUGACACCCUUACAUAGAGAUGGCACCAAAAAAAAAAAAGUAGAUUUGAAAAAGGAAUUGUUCCUCCUGUCAACAGAGUAUGCUACCACCAGAACAGGUUGUCAUAUGAGUCGGUUGUCAUCAGAUCAGGCCGACUCGAAGGAGGUCCAUAGAGCAAUCUGGUUGGGGUGACACCACGAGUUUACCGCACCGGCCGACACCAUAAGUUUACUGCACUGGUUGACACCAACUCUAGUGACGCCACUGAGCAUAAGAUAAAAUAGAUGACUAAGCGAAAACGACGUAUACGAUGCUAGACAUAGGCUAAAGCUAGCUGCCAAGCCACUAGAAAUAAUAAAAUGUUGGUUGACAUUUUGGUUGGCAUGUUGGUAGUCAUGUUGGUUGGCAUGUUGGUUGGCAUAUUGGUUGACAUGUUGGUUGGCAUAUUGGUUGACAGGUUGGUUGGCAUAUUGGUUGACAGGUUGGUUGACAUGUUGAAUGACAUGUUGAGUGACUAAUGACUGUUGAUUGAUAUGUUUGUGGAAAUGUUGGUUGACAUGUUGAAUGACAUGUUGAAUGACAUGUUGUUUGACAUGUUGGUUGACAUGUUUAAUGACAUGUUUAAUGACAUGUUGGUUGACAUAUUGGAUGACAUGUUGAUUGACUUAUUAACUGGGUUUCACAAUUACACCUGCAAGAUGCUUUAAAUAUUUUUUAAUGAACGGUUUUGAGCCCCAAAGAUCUCCACUUUACUCCAGUUUGGGGAUAGCGUCAUGUGCACACGAUUACAGCGUCAUGUGCACACGAUUACAGCGUCAUGUGCACACGAUUACAGCGUCAUGUGCACACGAUUACAGCGUCAUGUGCACACGAUUACAGCGUUUUGUGAACAAGAUUACAGUGUCAUGUCUACAAGAUUACAGCGUCAUGUGUACAAGAAUACAGCGUCUUGUAAAACACGGUUACAGAGUCACGUGUACAAGAUUACAGCGUCUUUUAAAUAAGAUUACAUUGUAUAAGAUUACAACGUCAUGUGUACAAGAAUACAUCGUAAAGUGUACAAGAUUACAUCGUCAUGUUUACAAGAAUGCAGCGUAAUGUGUAUAGGAUUACAGAGUCAAAAUGAAACGGUUACGUAAAUUCGUAAAUAAUUCAGUCCUGGCAUUAUGCUUGAUUUAGACUCGGGAAAUAUCUCUAUAGAAUAAUUAAAUAAUGAAUAUAAUUGUGUGUAGGUUUCUUUGACAUAUGUUCUUCAUUUCCAACAUGUUCAUAACAUAUUUUCAUCACAUCUGUAAAGCUAGAUAUACGCUGUUCUUGACAAUCUCACGUGUUCUUUGCCGACCACGGCUCUCACAUUACAACACAUUUUGCGUUAUAUUAAUAUGAAUUUAAUGUCUCGAGUACACACAUUUCGGAAAAUAUUUUCUCCACAUAUUUCAGGGCAAAUAUUUCAUUGUACAAGACUUCAAUGACGUCACGGACGUCCUGCAGACGUACAAGCAGACAUGCGCACCGAACUUCUAUCAAGCCACGUCCGACCAGCCCGUGUUCGCGUCUGGUCAGCCCACUGUCAACGGUCUUAGUAAAGUUCUGUCUCACCUGGUGUCUGCCGGAAACUCGGUCAGUCCAAUGAAUAUUUCAGUUUUGAUGUUCUUGUUUUCAGAUGAUUCCUACAAUACAUUAACCAUUUCAAUGAGAAUCUACUUAAGACAGGUCAAUUUCUGCUUUCCUAUUCUCGAAGCUGUUUCAUCACUCUAAAAGACUGAGUAUAUGAAAUCAUCCUGCUCAAGAUUACUUUAGCAUAAUUUUAACUCAUGGACCAUUAAGCUGUUAUACCAUCUACACCAUUUUUACACAUAUCUUCCUAUGGUUUAUGCCCAAACAAAAACGUAAAUAAAAUGAUUAAUGUAUUUGUGGGUUUAACUAUUGGAGUCAUUAGAGAAAAUUAUCAUGGAUGAAGUGCCCGGAUCUUCACAGGAAAUCUUGUUGCUGAACCUGCGCAGUGAACCGGUUCUCUUCCAAAGGGUGGACGAUGAUUACCUCCCUUAUUCAGUCCGCCACCAAGGUCACGUGCACAACAUGGUCAUGAUGGGGGACACGAAGGACAGUUGUGAUCACAUCGAGUCCUGUAUACGGAAAGAGGUUAGGACAUUUCUUGUACAAGUACACAUGUCUUAAGGAAAGAGGUUAGGGCAUUUCUUGUACAGUACACAGGUCUUAAGGAAAGAGAUUAGGACAUUUCUUGUACAUAGUACACAGGUCUUAAGGAAAGAGGUUAGGGCAUUUCUUGUACAGUACACAGGUCUUAAGGAAAGAGAUUAGGACAUAUCUUGUACAUAGUACACAGGUCUUAAGGAAAGAUGUUAGGGCAUUUCUUGUACAGUACACAGGACUUACGGAAAGAGGUUAGGACAUUUCUUGUACAGUACACAGGUCUUAAGGAAAGAGGUUAGGACAUUUCUUGUACUCAGUAUACAGGUCUUAAGGAAAGAGGUUAGAUCAGUCUUGUACAGUACACAUGCGGGGAACAUAUGUCUUGCUAUAAAUGAAACUGUGUGGGUGUCAGAAUAUAGAUAUUUUUAACAUCUCAAUACGCUUACACAAACAGACACAUACUGACACACACUUACACAGCCAGACGCAAAAGCUAAAAUAACAAAUACAACAUGUUUAAAUGUUUAAUUCAUAAUUUUAAUCAUACAUAUUAUACAUCUCAAUCAUACAUAUUACACACCACAACCAUACAUAUUACAGACAUUCAAUCAUAUAUAUUACAUACCUCAACCGUACCUAUUACAUACCUCAAUCAUACAUAUUAUACAUCUCAAUCAUACAUAUUACACACCACAACCAUACAUAUUACAGACAUUCAAUCAUAUAUAUUACAUACCUCAACCGUACCUAUUACAUACCUCAAUCAUACAUAUUAUACAUCUCAAUCAUACAUAUUACACACCACAACCAUACAUAUUACAGACAUUCAAUCAUAUAUAUUACAUACCUCAACCGUACCUAUUACAUACCUCAAUCAUACAUAUUAUACAUCUCAAUCAUACAUAUUACACACCACAACCAUACAUAUUACAGACAUUCAAUCAUAUAUAUUACAUACCUCAACCGUACCUAUUACAUACCUCAAUCAUACAUAUUACACACCACAAUCAUACAUAUUACAGACAUUCAAUCAAACGUAUUACACAUUUCAAUCAGGACUCGACUCCUUCAAAAAUGCAUGGCAAGGUAGAAAAUACAUGUAUUUUGAAAUAUUUUAUUUCCAAGAAAUAAAAACAUAAUUUAUAAGGGAUGGGGGAUCUUAGAUAAGUUCCGCACAAUUUCCUACAUGACUACGCCCCUGCUUUUUGUGUAAAAUGGCACACCAAGAGAGAAAAUGCUCUGUUUUAUUUUGUGUUAAAUUUGUGUUAUAAUGCCUGGAUGUUUACUCACCAUGCAACAAAUUAUGUGGUUAAAAUGGGCAUGAUCCAUCGAGAAGUAUCCCAUAUUUGUGUGUGCGUUGAAAAUUCGAUAUUCUAGGAACAGUAAUAAAAUAAAGAAAGAACUGAAACUGUUUGCAUUCACCUUCACAAAAGUGGUCUAAAAUAGUUAUAUGUAAAAUCGUCAUUUCCUUGCAUGUGAGUGAGAAUUAAAGAAAAAUUUUUUUAGUGAAAUAUUAGCUUUAAAAAAUGUAUUAAAAAAGUUUUUGGUCGCGGAAAGUGGUCUACAAAGAAGGCAGACGGUGAUAAGGUGAACAAAUACUUGCAUAAAUUUAAUUUCUUUAAGUCUCAAAAUGGGAUGUGUGCUUCAAUUAAACAACAAAUACACAGAAACAAAUGUAUUUUGACGACAGUCUCAUUUACAAUCCAUAAAAAGCUGUUUACCAAAAACAGAAUGACGUAAUCGGAAAAAUGGUUUGUGCAUGCCUGAAAAACAACCGCCAUUUCGGCUGAAAGCCUUCAACAGUAAACACAAACAUUGCAAAUUAAAAGCCUCAAAUCAGAACCAAUAACCCCGAUAGUGAUAUCCGUUGUGUGUCCAGAUUGUUUCCCUUGCCGGCAUAGAAGACGAGUUCGUGUUCUACUUCUACGACAGCCUGGACAAACUGCAGCACGAGCCGCACAUGAGAAAGGUGGAGUUUGAAGAGGACAUCCUGUUGUCUGCUGAAGUCUACGCCAGGGAAUCGUUCUCAAAUAAGUCGUUGGGGUGAGUAUCGAGGAGCUAAGUUUCUGUAAUUUAGGGAGCCAUUAAGUCUCUGCAACAUGGGGAGCCAUUAAUUCUCUUAAUUUGGGGAACCAUUAUCUCUCUGCAAUUUGGGGAGCCAUUAAGUCUCGGCAAUUUGGGGAGCCAUUAAGUCUCGGCAACAUGGGGAGCCAUUAAUUCUCUUAAUUUGGGAAACCAUUAUGUCUAUGGAAUUUGGGGAGCCAUUAAGUCUCAGCAAUUUGGGGAGCCAUUAAGUAUAGGCAAUUUGGGGAUCCAUUAAGUCUGUGUAAUUUGGGGAGUCAUUAAGUCUCUGUAAUUUUGGGAGCAAUUACGUCUCUGUAAUUUAGGGAGCAAUUAAGUCUCUGUAAUUUGGGGAGUCAUUAAGUCUCUGUAAUUUUGGGAGCCAUUACGUCUCUGUAAUUAAGGGAGCCAUUAAGACUCUGUAAUUGGAGUACCGGCUGUUGAGGUUUUAGAAAAAGUUCAUGCUGGUUUGAUAAUUAAAAACUAAUCAACGAGCGUUUAAAGUUUGUUAGGCCUAAUUGCAGUCAAAGUAUUUUCUCAUAUCUUUAGAUUAUCUAUACAUUUAGAUUAAUGUUAAAUCAAGUUUUGUAUAUUUUUGGUAUCAAAAAUUGUUUGGUUUGAUUAUCAAAAACUUGGCUCCAAUGUUAAUCGAGCUUUUUUUACAUUUGAAACUAUAGUGUGCACAGUUAAGUCACUGUAUAAUAUCGUACAUUAGUUUCUGUAAUGCGUACAAUUUAAAGACAAUGUUUAUGAGCACGAUGAUGAUGCAUUUCAAUAAAUGAAUGAAUUGAAAAAGCCUUUUGUUCCCUAAUUUUUUAAAAAAUUGUAUUUUUAAAAAAAUAACAAUGGACAUGUUACCAAGCCCUAGGAGUUUGUUUGUCCACAAUACUAAUGACAUUUGCCUAUGACAUUUAUGAGCAUAAUAAAACUAAAAUAAAAAGAAUGUCACAAAGAAACGAAUUAAAUAAACCUAGGGUUCCUAAAUUGUAGUUUUGAAAACAUUAAAGCAAAAUAAUAUCUUAAAUACCAUUCCCGUAAUUUUUUUUCGUCAAAACCAUUUACACUAGACUACGCCUAAUUGAAAUUUUAAUUUUGGACUUAGAACAAGUAGGUGAUCAUGUAGCUGUAUGCAAAGUUCACAGAAGGUAAUUCAUAUAUCAUCCUAUGACAGCAAGAUGUAAAGCAAUAAAAAAAUAUCGGAUUGCCAGCCGACAGAAAGACGCAGUCUGACUUCUGGUACCCGAGCGAUUAGCGAAAGUCUCAAUCACUUUCGGCGGAAACUCAAAAUCCGAAAGUUAAUUUUUCUGUUUCAGCCGAAACCGAAACUACGCCGAAAGUGAUGAAAUGACAACUUUCUGCUCCGUAACCGGAACCGAAAUUCGGUCGGUCUCUACUAUAUAGUAUCCUACAUUAAAGUCUAUAAUGUGUACAGUCUAGUCUCUGUAUACUAUAAUAUAUUAUACAUAAGUGAAUAAAGUGAAUUUAAAUAGCUUCAUUUUGUCUAAAUUUCAUUGUUACUCUUGUAUGGUUUGAGUAUUGAUCAUAUAAAAUAUAACGGUUCAAGUAUUGUAUUUUAAACUGAUGCUGAGGUGACUUUGAUACAUUUCCAUACAUUAACGAUAGUUUCAUAAAUUUAAAUUUAUUUCAGGAUAACAAGAGUAUCUGUUUGAUACUAUACUAUCCUACGUACAAUAAUAAGAGUAUACUAUAUUUAACUAUAUCAUUAAUUAGGUGAGAUCUUUAUUUCUUACCAUUAGAUAUGACAGAAUCUGCCUCCCUGAGAUGGGUUUACCCACAGAGGAGUUGGUUGACCAGUUCCUGUCACACUUUAGGGUGAGUUCAACACAAUUACAUGCAUGGUUUGUUGUUCACAUCAAUACUUCAUUGCCUAUAAAUGUUUCAGCCGAUACACCAACAUCAAGACAGUUGUCAUCGGUCAUAAUCAUGAUUAUGGGUAUCUCAGCUAGUUCUAUGUCUAAUCCAGGGCGGUGCAAAGGCCGAGGCAACUGAUUGAAUCACACGAAGCACUGCCCGCUUGGUGGGCCUCAAGGACGGGAAUUGAUGAAUUUCAUACACUUAUUUUAAAUUUGGGGGGGGGGGGGGGCUGCACGGCCCUGGUCCCCAUGAAUUUCAUACACUUAUUUUAAAUUUGGGGGGGGGGGGGCUGCACGGCCCUGGUCCCUAAUGUAACCUCUGCACGGCCCCGGUCCCUUCUGAAACCCCUGCAUGGCCCUGGUCUCCAAUGAAACCUAUGCACGAUCCUGGUCCCCAAAAAACUUCUGCACGGCUUUUGUCCCCAUUUAAAACCUUUGCCCGGCCCUGGUCAAUCAUUAAACGUUUUCACGGCCCUGGUUCCCAGGAAACCUUUGCACGGCCCUGAUUUCAAAGAAACCUCUGCACGGCCCUGUUCUAAUGAAUCUACAUCCAAACAAUACCACUUUUUACUGCAGGAAAAGCCCCUCUACCUGGACAGCAAGAGUCCGUUAUUUCCAGCUAUUUACCUGAUAUCUCAUUCAGGAGGUCGAAGGUCAGCCAUUAUUAUGGUCAUGAGUUGUCUCCUCUAUGGACACAAGAAAGGAACAUUGAAGAAGACCUGGUAAGUAAUGGAUUAAGAGGUCCAGCGUUUUUCAAUCUUUGGAACAAAUCUUGAGACACAUUUCAACAAAUCUUGAGACACAUUUCAACAAAUCUUGAGACACAUUUCAACAAAUCUUGAGACACAUUUCAACAAAUCUUGAGACACAUUUCAACAAAUCUUUAGAUACAUUUCAACAAAUCUUUAGACACAUUUAUACACAUAUUUAGACAAUUUAAACACAUAUUUAGACACAUUUAUACACAUAUUUAGACAAAUUUAAACACAUAUUUAGACACAUUUAAAAACAUAUUUAGACACAUUUAAACUGCCAGAUAAAAGAACUAUGACGCACCAUAAUAAAUAGGAAGAAACAAAUCUUAUUUUUUCAGUAAGUAUCAACGUCAACACGAGUUAGUGUAAUUUCAAAAUGAAUUAGAAGAAUUAUUCUAAGAUUUACUUAUGUCUAAAUAUAAAAUAGUCAAUAAUUUAUAGGUAAAAUUAAGAAACUUUAAAGUUUUAUGUAAGAAUUGUAUUCCUUUAUAUUUAUAUCAACAUAUUGCGCCACUCCUGUGUAACACAACACUAACCUGUGUGUAACGUAACACUAACCAGUGUGUAACAUAACACUAACCAGUGUGUAACAUAACACUAACCUGUGUGUAACACAACAUUAACCAGUGUGUAACAUAACACUAACCAGUGUGUAACAUAACACUAACCUGUGUGUAACACAACACUAACCAGUGUGUAACAUAACACUAACCAGUGUGUAACGUAACAAUAACCAGUAAGUACCAAAACAUCGACUGAAAACUGCUGUUCUUCACAACUGCAUGGUAACCACUCGUCCCUAUGGACGUCCACUGAAGCUUUUGCGAAGGAGCAAGGUUUUGUGUCAAUUUGUUGGAAUUUGUUAAGAAUUUACACAAGAAAAAUCGUUGGGAAAUAACAUUAUGCAACACAUAAAGCGACCAAUGCAGAAUGCAAAUCAAUAUGUUUAAUAUAAAGAUGCUGCUACGGAGAUUUAAAAAAAAAUCGAUACCAUUCUGUGGUAAAGGGGGGGGGGGUGGAGUUGUUCCCCUUUAUCAAUUAAUAAAAUUUCUGUAGUGCCCAAAAUUGAAUGGUAAAUUAAGUAAAUGCCAAUCUAACUACAUUAUUCCAUAGCGUAUAUAGUAUUAUAAUGGGUGCUGGGUGGCCGGGUGGUAUAAGCUGAGCAAAUCUCAAAUUCAGUGUCUGGAGUUCAAUCCCAAAACACAAGUCAAGCAAAAUCAUCACCAGCACCCCGGGUGGAUGGGACCCGUCAACCAUGGAGGGCGACUCAUCUAAGAGAAGGAAACCCUGAAUUCAAACCCGGACAUGAGGUCCCGUAGGCGAACAACACUGGUGCAAUUAACAUGACGAUAACUCGUCGAUAUGGUUUUAGCUGUUGCAUUGGUUCUUAUCUUUUACAAUCAGUUACUGUUACCGCUCAAAUAUUAAUGUAAUGAAUUGUUUCGCAUAAUGAAUUGUUUUGCAAUUUAAUAUGAACAGGAAGUUACGUAAAAAAUGUCAUGCGCAGAAGAAUAUAGGAAUACAGAGGAUUUUAAAAAAAAAAUUGCUUGGAACGUGUUCAUGAAUUAUGUGUGUGCUUGCAAUGGUGUAUCUUAAGGCAUGAGAUUAGCCUUUGUUCAUUCAAGUGUUUUAAGGAAAAGGUGAAAUGUACAAAAGGAUGACAAGUAUAUUACUCCCAUCUGGAGAUUUAUUUCCUAUUGUACAAUUGUGUUUCAUGAUUCAAAGAUAGUGAAACCAUCUAUUGGCUUUGCCUCGUGUGUUCAUAAGGAAUACGUAUAGUAAUUUAAUAAUCAUUAAGAAAGCUGUGCAAUGCUGGAUGCAGAUAGACAGUUAUAGAUUAAAUAAUGGAAGAUAGAAAUGCACAACGAUUAUGCCCUUAAACCAAACAAGUUACAGUUACAUCAAUAUAUUUAUAUUUACUAUUAGUUACAUCACUAUAUGUAGUAGUACGAAGAUUUUUUUAAACUGUGCAGUCCUAAUCUAAUUAUAUUUAUUGUUUCCACGUUCGCUCCAUGUGACUUUAACAAUCAACUUUUAACUCAUUCAUUAAUAUCCUUUAGUCACUCGUAUGAAGUCACAAUUUUGCAAACUACAUGUAUAUAUACACGUCAUGUAGCUUCCAACCUUUGACCUUUUUUAUCCCUUUUGGUUGACCAGCACUCACCUGAUAAACAGUAAACGUCCAGACUACAGAGAGGGUGAGUACCGAGCCGUGCAGAAACUUGUGGCACACUUAAAAGAUGGCAACCUCAUCAAACAGCAGGUUGGUGCCUACGUUAGAUACAUGGCAUGUAUGACAUGUGUGGCAUGUUUGACAUGUGUGUGUUGGGAUACCCGGUGUGGCCUGUGUGUUAGGAUGACAAGUCUAGCCCGUGUGUUUUAAAAUACUAGGUGUAGCCCGAGUGUGUUAGGAUGACAGGUGUAGCCCGCGUGUGUUAUGAUGCCAGCUGUGAUUUCUGAGUUUUACGAUGACAUGUGCUAUUGAUGUAUGUUAGAUGAAUAGGGUGCGAUGUUUGAGUCUCAGGUUGACUGCUGGGACUGUUAGCUUUUUGUACACAUAUAUCAGGAGAAUAGAUUUUCCUGAAUAAAGAGCAGAAAACUGGCAUAAAAAUCAAUGCGUCUCGAGGCAAUAAGUGUUUAAAUUUAUGGAUUCCAGAUAAGAAUGGCGUGGGAAAUUAGGUACGAUUAAUUAAAACACAGCAAUAAACAUCAAUGAAAUAAAAUGUAUUUAUGAUGACCCCUGUGCAUUUAACAUUAUGUUCCUAACAAUCAUUAGAUAUUUUAACAUUAUGUGCCUAACAAUCAUUAGAUAUUUUAACAUUAUGUGCCUAACAAUCAUUAGAUAUUUUAACGUUAUGUGCCUUACAAUCAUUAGGGAAUUUAAAGUCAUGGGCCUAGCAAUCAUUAGGAAAUUUAAUAUUAUUUCCUGACAAUUUAAGGGAAUUUCACGUAAUGUGCCUAACAAUCAUUAGGGAAUUUAACGUUAUGUGCCUAAGAAUCAUUAGAUAUUUUAACGUAAUGUGCCUAACAAUUUAAGGGAAUUUCAUGUAAUGUGUCUAACAAUCAUUGGGGAAUUUAACGUUAUGUGCCUAAAAAUCAUUAGAUAUUUUAACAUUAUGUGCCUAACAAUCAUCAUAUAUUUUAACUUAAUGUGCCUAACAAUUUAAGGGAAUUUCACGUUAUGUGUCUAACCAUCAUUAGGGAAUUUAACGUUAUGUGCCUAACAAUCAUAUUAGAUAUUUUAACGUAAUGUGCCUAACAGUUUAAGGGAAUUUCACGUUAUGUGUCUAACAAUCAAUCAUUGAUCUGGCAUCACAGAGAGGCGGCUUAUUUUGUAGAGUGAUUAUACCAUUAGCAACAAAGACUCAACCAACGAAGUCUGAAAUCUUGAUUGAUUAUACCGUUAGCAACAAAGACUCAACCAACGAAGUCUGAAAUCUUGAUUGAUUAUACCGUUAGUAACAAAGACUCAACCAACAAAGUCUGAAAUCUUGAUUGAUUAUACCGUUAGCAACAAAGACUCAACCAACAAAGUCUGAAAUCAUGUGAUUAUACCGUUAGCAACAAAGACUCAACCAACAAAGUCUGAAAUCAUGAUUGAUUAUACCGUUAGCAACAAAGACUCAACCAACGAAGUCUGAAAUGUGGAGUAAUUAAACCAUUAAACCAAAGACUCAACUAACGAAGUCGGAAAUGUUGAACUGAUAUUUCCGUGGAAUUAAAAUAUUUAAUGCCUACAGCGUUGAGCAGUAGGCUUCACACGUUGACCAGUAGGCUUCACACGUUGACCAGUUAGCUUCACACGUUGAACGGUGGGCUUCACAGACUUGUGAUUCAAAGCUCGUAAUGCAUUAUUUUAUCGUAAGCUACAGAUCCAUUUCUAAAUUAACUCACAAAACCCAAAGGAAUCUGUGGAAAGAUAAAACUUGCCACAGAAGAGACCCCACUGUGCGUACAAAGUACCUUAAUCUGAUGCGAGAGACACCACUGUGCGUACACAUAAAUUAUCUUAAUCUUAUGUGAGACACCCGACUGUGCGUACACACAAAUAACCUUAAUCUGAUACGAGAGACCCCACUGUUCGUACACACAAAUUAUCUUAAUCUGAUGCAAGAGACUCCACUGUGCACACACAGCUUACAGAUAGUACACAUUGAAUACAAGAAACACCACUGUACGUACACAACUUACAAGCAGUACACUUUGAAUACAAUAGACUCCACUGUGUACACAUUGAAGGUUGAAUGCAACAUAGUUUUUUUUACAUUAUUUUUUUCUGAUGACUAUGAAAGUGGAAUUCUUAUUGCAGCGAGAUUGCUGAAAAUAAAGGGUAAAAUAAGAUGGGCUUUUAAGUCUUUCCCCAGCUGCAUCUAACGCUAAAUGGUUUUAAAAAUUAUACUACUUGCCGUAGAAGCGGGACAGCUAUAGGAACCAAAUAAAGGCAGUGUGGUUCAUGUGGAAAUUGUUGGGAUCCAUUAGACACAGAGAACACGAUCUGUUUAUCUCUGCCAGGAUCAAUUAAAAUAAAGCCAGUGAGACCGAAGCCAAGGUCAAAUAGAAGCCGAAAGGGUGUUACUGGUCUUUGGCGCAGCAGACGACAGACGCUGACAUUGUCUGAGAACAGAUUCAGCAAAUCCUAUGAUGGCUGUGGGGGGGGGGGGGGCUGCUGGUAGCGGAAUAUCCAAUUCACAUAUUACAAGUGACAAGGUUAAGGCCGCUGUGUAAAAAAUGGAGAGACAAGAUUGGUUUCAUUUCACGGGCAAACAGAAUAGAUCUUGUUCAAAUGACCAGAGACCAUAGAGCAGCAUUCGAGGUAACGGAUUAUCGGUUGAUGUAUGCUGACGUGAGCUUGUUUCUGUACGCUUGUGCUUUUAAUUUAAACAAAAUUUAAUGCACGUGAUAUCAUAUGUUCUGUCAUUCAGUUACUGUCACAUAACAAUACGGAGAUUAGUGACAGUUCUAAACUAUUGAUAUGUGAUUGUGAAUAAAAAUUGAUCUCAUCACGAAUGAAAUUGAAAUGGAACAAGUAGAGUUGGCAGGAGCAAUCCAAUACAUCUCAACAGUUUCAGACAUUGAUAAGAUUUGUUAGAUGCACAUGUGCCACGUCACGAAGUGUUUAAAGACACGGUUGUUCUGUUGUAGUUGUAGCAUCACUUAAUGACCGGUGGAUUGUUACUAGAAUGUUGACCCAUACCGCCCAGGAAAAAAAAAUACAAAUCAUUUUAAAAAGACUUUAAAACAAAAUCAAAGAAUAUUUCAUAAUACCCGUAUGUAUAAAUUUUAAACAUAAAUUCGAAUAAGUUCCUGGGCACCAAACAAUCUAUUUUCGAGUUUCUUGAGAAAAAGUAAGGAAACAAUAUGUGACAGCUUGUAUAAAAUGUAAGACAACUGAACGCCUUCAUCAGCAAAUACAACAAGAGCAACAGGGAAAAUUAUAAGAAAACCAGAAAUUAGAUUGCUACUGUAAAAAGCGUGAUAUAAGUAGCUCAAUUAAUUAAGAAAACAAAAAACCGAUCAGAUUUCUCGGGACGUUUGUAGACCAUCAAUUUUGAAUAUAUGGAACACAAACUCGAAAAUUGGCAUGAUGCCUUCAAAGUCACGUAACUAAUCUGAAGACAGUCUUUAAAUUUCAUAUUACAUUUCAUUUUCGUUUCCUUAAUUAUUUAAGUUGUUUAAGAAUUUAGCAGGGAUUUAAACAGACUUUGAUGAGAAGCCCAAAAGGGUAACGAACAAUUUUCUACAUUAGAAGAAUGCGUAUAUGCUGAGUGAGUUUAAUAUUCCAUGAGUUCGAAGACAGCUGGAGCUCAGACCCAUGACUGUGUGGACUUAUUGAGCUUACCAAUCAUGAACUUGUAGGCUACUUGAGCUCACCAAAAAUGACCGUAUAGACUACUUGAGUUCACCAAAAAUGACCGUAUAGACUACUUGAGUUCACUAAACGUGACCGUGUAGACUACUAGAGCUCUUGAGCGAGAAUAAAUAAUUUAUAGAGUCCUUUUCUCGGGACAAAACAAACAGAUAAGAUUUAAUACAGUACUAAACUGCCAGUCAAAACUGAAAAUGAAUAUUGGUUUAAAUAAUUUAUCAAAUGUUUAUUAUAUUUUAAGGUUGACUUUCAAGGUAUAGGAAUAAUGAAUUCCAUUAGAUUCAAUUGUAUGCUGAAUUAACAUUAUAACAUGAUCGUAGUGUAUAGCCAUGGCCUUGUUCCAAAUAGUGUAUAACCAGUGGCGUAGCGAGGGUGUUUGGCGCCCGGGGACAAGAUUCGCGCCCGGGGACAAGAUCCAUUUUUAGCUUCCCUUUUUCUUUUUUUUCAACUCUCAAACCCAUUAUUUUCAUCAAUAAAAUAAUAUCAAAGCACAUUUUGGCGCCCCUAACUAGCUGGCGCCCGGGGACAUAUGCCCCAACCACGCUACGCCUCUGUGUAUAACCAUGGCCUUGUUCCAAGUAGUGUAUAACCCUGGCCUUGUUCCAAGUAGUGUAUAACCAUGGCCUUGUUCCAAGUAGUGUAUAACCCUGGCCUUGUUCCAAGUAGUGUGCACUAUUGCCUUGUUCCAAGUAGUGUAUAACCCUGGCCUUGUUCCAAGUAGUGUGCACUAUUGCCUUGUUCCAAGUAGUGUAUAACCCUGGCCUUGUUCCAAUGACAAUCUUGACAUUUCCACAUUUCACAGGUGGAUUCAAUCAUAGACGAGUGCUCGCAAGUCAUCAACCUGAGAACAUGCAUCGCUGACCACAAGAAGAGACUCGAGGCUGCAGCCUCCAAACAUACUCAGGUGAGAGAGGGACAUGCCAGGGCAAACCAACCAAGAGAUCUCGGCAAAGUGACAUUUGAAACGCGCGGGAAAAUGAGAGUUGCAGUUCACGUAUCUAAGAAAUGCCAAUGAAAGAAGGAUGAUUUAAAAAAUAAAAACAUGGAAUGGAAUAUAAAAACACCACUAACAAACAGAAACUAUAAAUAAUAACAAUACAUCAUAUAAUUUAUAACAUUAAAGUACUUCGAUACCAUUGGCUUUAUUGAAGUGCUUGUUUUUUUAAAAAGAGUUUUUAAAGUAAACUUAAAAUUUAUCAACAGAGCUCCAGCACAGUUGAACAUUUGCAUGCAGGAUGUCUGAGUGCCUUGGAGACCUACUGCUUUCUGAUAGCUUUUAAUGCUUACCUCAGAGAUCAGGUAGACAUUUCCUAGCCUAUGCCUAUACAUAUUAAGUCAAAUUAUGAACUAUUAUUUACCUUUUUAAAAAAUUAUUUCUUUUAAUAAAACAAUGGAUUCUAAUGGGAAAGUAACGGUAAUAUUAACUUCUUCUAGGAACUGCACUGACUAGCAUGAUCUAAACUGUUUUAAAAUGCAGACAAUGUUAAAUGAACAUAUUUUAAUCUCAGAUGCCCAAUAACCUAAGCUGGAGUUACAACAAGUGGUUACAUCGUAACCCAGAAGUCAUCAGAUUAUGUAGUCAUCUUGACUUUUCUGAACUUUGCUCUCCUCCAUCAUUAUUGUCAUCACAGCACCGGUAUCUGGUAAGUCAUAUGUUAUUAUCACUUCACAUACACUUGGUAGUCUUCUUGAAAUUUUUGUCAUGACACACAUGUUUGGAAAAGUUUGACAGUUGUAACACAUACUACUUGGUAAAGUUAGAAAGUCAUGUUGUUCGUCCGUCGAGGAUCGACGAUGACCAUCGAGUCGUCUGGUGACUGAUGACUUGCGCGGGUGACUUUUGUUUAAAGUGAGGAAGAGUUGCGCAGCGUCAACCUCACUCUCUCGUCCGAGCCCACCAUAUCCAGUGGCAAGACUCUACGUCAAGACGACCAGGGAUGGGUACGGUUGCAGGAAUUGACAUUGUAUGCGCCUUACGGGACUCCAACUCCGGGUUUGAAUUCAGAGUUUCCUUCUCUUAGAUGAGUUGCCGACCAAGGUUAACGAGUCUCAUCCACCCGGGGUGUUGUUUUUGCUUGACCGGCCUUUGGCUGAAAUUGAGGUUUGCUCAGUUUAGACCAUGCGGCCACCCAGUCACCCAUGCAGUGAAUGACCAUGGCGUUCUACGUGUUUGGUCAUGUUCUCAGCAAUUCACACCACUGUGCUGUCUCCGCCUUUUGUCCGUUGACCAAGUAGUGGUUCUUCCGCACAAUUUGCCGGAUUCCGUCUUUACAUGCUAUGGGGGACAACCCCUUUUUUCCGAAAGUUCUAUGCCCUUCGGCUACCCUCAAGCUGGAAUCGUUGUCUGGGUUGUAGUCGCUGUGCAUGUUACAGCUUCUUGGAACCACAGGUCAUAGAAAGUCAUAGUACAUAAAGGCCUACUUGGUAACAUUUGACAGUCAUAAAACAUAUACUUUCAAUGCAUUUACACUUUCAUAGUACAUAUUUUUUUUGCCUGACAUUGUCAUAGCAGAUACAAUUUUAACACCUCAAAAUCCUACAACUACAAAUAUUGGCAAGUCUUAACAUUUAAAUUCAUUCUUACAUUAAUUUUGCUGAUGAACUUCCCGAUUGUAAGUUGGCUUUUUGUUCAUAAAACUAUUUUUCUCUGUCUUUAUUCCAGGUGUAUGAUGAAUACAUUGGUUUGGAUGUCCUUAGUUCCCAGAUGGAUGUCAAGGUCUCUAACUUUCGUCGCCUGAUGGGUUUACCAAUAUAUGGCAUGGCACAGCCUACAAGAAAUGUAAGUUGUUAUGUAAAAUCACAUGUACUAGGUCAAUUACAAAAAAAGAUGACACAUAAACAAAUGUCCUAGUGUUUGAUUUGUGAAAUGAUUUAACAUAAUCCUUUUUUAAAAAUAAAAUUUCAUUGUGCAUUGUGCAUUGUGCAUUGUGCAUUGUGCAUUUACUUUUUCUGUCCCAUUAUGCUGAUAACCGCUUUUAAAACAAAGAAAAUAAAGAGAAAAUAUAAAGAGAAAUAGCUUCAUAUCACUGUGAAUUUAAAAUUCACUAAAAAAUCUAAACAUUAUUUUCCAUUCAAGAGUUCCUUUCUCGGGACAAUACAGACUGAUAGGAUUUAAUAGAAGACUAAACUGCCCGUCAAACAUUAAAAUGAAUAUGGGUUUAAAUAAUUUAUCAAACGUUUAUUAUAUUUUAAGGUUGACUUUGUAGGUUUUGGAAGUAAGAAUUCCAUUAGAUUCAAUUGUAUCCUGAAUUAAUAUCAUUGUAACAUGAUCAUAGUGUGUAACUAUGGCCUUGUUCCAAGUAGUGUAUAACCAUGGCCUUGUUCCAAGUGGUGUGUAACCAUGGCCUUGAUUCUACUUUAAUAAAAGUAGUAUGUCUCAGAUAUGGAUGAGAUCAACAUAUGACAUAUUUUCUGAGUGCUAAAUUCCGGGAGGUGCAUUUAAGGACAGGGGUCAAACUGUAUUGGCUUAAAUAUUUUAAAGAAAAUUGUCUGUAUUUUCUAUGCCCAAACUCCCAGAGUUUUUAGCUCCAGUUUAAUUUCUGUUUGGGUAAGUAGACAUUGUGGUAGUGAUAGCUUCAACACUAAAUAAAAAAAUUAUGUCCCUGUAUUUUUUUAACACUAGUAAACAAAUACUGGAGAAUAUUUUUUAAAACACACCUUUUUAUUUUGUAUAUCCCAUUGUCUAAUUUUAAAUUCUCUUGAAUUCUAAUUUUUGACGUGACAAACAUGUUUAAAUAUUUAUUUGAUUUUAAAGCCAACAUUUUCUUCCAAGUUUGUUAACACAGAAAAAAAUGAAAAUAUUUUUAAAUUCCUUAUCAAUCUUUUUUCAUUUUUGUUUUGUAUUGAUUUCUAAUUUUUGUGAUGCCCUUUUUAAAUUAACAUAAUUUUUUAUCAAUUUUAAUUUUUGUUCUGUAGGGUUUGUCUAAAGUUGUCAACCAUCUUCUGCACCAUAAACAAGGCUAUGGUAAUGUCAUUGUGGUUAACUUAAGGUCAGACUAUGUCCUGGAGUGUGAUGAUGUCACAUAUUCUGUCAGAGAUAUUUCUCACUUGGCAGAACCCAUUCAUUCCCAGUGUUCAUCUGGAAAGGACCUUGAGGUAGGUAUUUUUCCAGCCUACCUCGGUUGGAUAUUCAUAGGCUUUUUAUUGAGUAUCUGUGACAGGGGAAUUCAUCACAUUUAUACUAAGAGGCCAGCAACACAUAUUUAUGGCAAGCCUUGAGAAGUAAACUCAGGGAAAAUUCAAGGUUUAAGCACCUAAAGUUUUAUAAUAAUGAUUUAAUAUUAAUAUAAAGGCCUUUAUAUAAAAUAUUAACUUUGAGAGAGGGUUUUGUUGCAUAUACUUGUCAUUUGAAAUCACUCAUAAUGAUUAACAGAAAGUUGCAUGCCAAAGAUUAUCAGUUGAGAUAUUGUGUGGAAAGACAAAAUAAAAAACCUGCACUCACAUUUAGACUCUCCAAGAGCUUUAUGCUAUACCGGUAACCAAGACAGCAACUAACCUUAAUUUUACAGUUUUCCAAUACUUAGGCCUACAAUGAAAACAAUAAUUUGCAAUGUUAUUUUAAUAAAUGUUUUGACUAUAUUUUCACUAGGAGAUGGAACAAAAAAUCAAGAAGGAAAUAAGGUCAAAACGAUCAUGGAAGGUAAAACAGUGUUAAGAUCUUGUAGCUCAAAUCAAUUCCAAUCUGAAGCUUUUGUUAAAUCAAUUAAUCUAAUCGUACUCACUGGCUCUUUUCAAUGCAACAGUACAUUUUUGUGACUAAAGCUUUACAAUUAUUCGUACUGUGUACGUAGAUAAUGUCAUAUGGUUUGUUUAUUACCUAGUAAAAAUCACAUAUGAUCAAUUCACAAGUAUCAGUACUAUGAAUAAUGCAUUAUUGAGGAACUAUAUUAUAGCUAGCCAUAUUGAUAGUAGGUUGAAUUUGGCAGUGAAGAAAAGUCAAUUCAUGAGUGUGGGCGUAUGUGGAAUUUUUAUUUCCAUGAUAUAUUUAUAUAUCUAAAAAAUAGAAAUUCAAUGGAAUUAUAGUGAAAGAUCUUGAAUUACUAUUCCAAAUUUCAUUUUGUGUGAACUUAGACAUUAUACAUGUGAGAAGAGCUGACUCAAAAAUUCAUUGUCACAAGUUGUCUAUGUGAUGUCCUGGUUCAUUAAACUUUAGUGCUGGUAAUAUUAAAAGGAACAAGACUUGCCACAAUUAAUAUUAUAGUUUACACUAAACAUCAGUAAAAUUUUAAUAAUGAUCUGGAAUAUCCACCCACAAAACUUGUAUGACGUCACAGAAAUCUCUCCAAACUUUAUAUCUCAUGUUUUUAAUCUUUAACUUUACUUUAAGUUAUUCAACUUAGAUUCUAUUAUGGUACCUCUUUAUAAAUUGUAGCCAUGUAUCACCAGGUGUAUAAGGAAAUCACUGACCAACCCAUAGAGAAGGAACUGAUCAGUAUAUUUACACCUGAAGAGCUUUAUGAACAGCAGAGGUUGUCCACUUUAGAUAUGCAUUACAGACGUCUGCCCCUUCAGUACGAUCAUGGUCUCCAUGAGCAGGUAGGAGAAGAAAAAUAUCUAUUUAUUGAAAUUUCUUUAAAGCAAUCGCUUAUUAACUUUAUUUAAUAACCAUCAUUAUAUUCAACAACUAUUUAAAAAAAAAAUAUUGAUGUAACCUUUAAAGCUUGAUUUUUUUUACAUUUUAAUUAACAUUAAUCAUUACAACUUUUUUUGAGGUCACAAAGAUUGAGAUAAAAAAAUCACAGACAGAUACACUACAUUUCUUAAUUUGCUAUCUCAGGAAUUUGAUGCAAUCCAAAGCUUGAUUCUAAGUUUCAUGAAAGAAUCUGGGUCAUGGGCAGAGAGUUCUCAUGCAUUUGUUUUUCACUGCCGUACUGGCAAAUCUCGCACGUCCUUAACUAUGGCAGUUGCUGGUCUUUUAUUCUACCACAUGACAGUAUGUAUACUGUAAUUUAAAUUUUUUUUUUUUUUAAAGGGCUGAUUUAUAAGAUAAAAUAAAUUAAAAGCAGAUUUUCUUUUUGCAAUUUUAUAUGUUUUAAUAAUAGUACCUUAUUUAAUAAAUAUCUUGUUGGCAGGGACAAAAAUCCUUUCUUAAAACCUUUAAAGUUAAAUUAGAAUAAUCAGAAGUAGUACUUUUUUUCUUAUCCUUCUUAACAAAAUUUUCUGAACUAGGGAGUGUGACACCUAAGUAAUUCUGAAAAGUUAAGUAAUAAUAUAUAUAGGUCUGAUAUAAGUUUAAAUAUAUGCCUGUAUCAUUUAUUGAUUAAUGGGUCAUUAAGAAUUUGUUGUUGGUAAGAAAAUGGAGUGCUUUACUUCAAAGUUUGUAAAAGAAUAUUGAAAGUUGUAAAAUGUGAUAAAAAUUACUUGAAGUUUAAACACAUGUUUAACAUAGGACCAUCAGUAAUUAAAAUACUUAAUUAACUUUUCUUGUUUCUUGCUUACUCAGGGUUUUCCCUAUGGAGCCAAUCCAGAUGAACAAGAAAGAGUUAGCUGCCCAAAUGCACGCUACACAAAAGGCGAAUAUUUGGUAUUGGAACAAAUAAAAUUCAAAUUACUUUUCAAGUUUGGGACAUAAUAAAUUUAAAAUGUGUAUCUUGUUUGUUAUAGUGGAACAAGGUAUUUUGAAGCUUGAAUCAAUAGAUAGUCCUUUAAUAAUUAUCUUGCCUGUUAGAGAUUCAAAUUUCUUUAAUAGAUUAAACUAUUGUUAAAAUAAUUUUAUCCAUAUAAUUCUAUGGAGCUAAUUCUUUUUUAAAAAAAGGCUUUUCCCUUUAAAUCUAAAAGUAUUAGCACCCCACCCCCCCUAACAGCUCCUCCCCCUGAAAGAUGGGAUAUCAGUGCUGAAUUCCAUAUUCAAGUAUCAUAAAUCCAUUGGUAGAGUAGAUGCAAAAAAUAUCAUUAUGCAAAUACAGACCUGCACCAAAGAAAUUUAGGAAUUAACUUCAUGUUCAGUUUCAAAACAUAAUUGUUUUUAAUUCAAUUAAUAAAUUGUUUGAUUUUGUAUUAUUGGUCUGUUCAUUUUCGUAUAUUUCGAACAGCUUAACAAAGAUGUUAAUAAUAUUUAAUGGAUUAGCGUUAGGGUUUUUGUCUUUUUUCUGUUCCAUAAAUUUUAAUAUUUUAUUUACUGGUUUCAAUUUUUCCAAAGGUUGUUGAAAAACUGAUAUGGAUGUUACCUGAGGGGCACCAAGUCAAACGGGAGGUGGACCUUGUCCUUGACCGACUAUUUGAGACUAUGUCCCCCAUGCACUUCCAUCUGAGAGAGGUUAUUUUUGUCAUAUUCAAUAAGGUGUGUAUUUUAUUAAUGAGAUGUUUGAAAUAAGAAAUAUAUAUCUUUUUAAUAAACUAAUCAUAUUACAAAAAUGUCUUCAUUAAAAAAAAAAGGCAUAUCUUUUCUCUUGAAUAUUUAUUUAUGAUAUUAAAUGAAGAUUUAUUUUUUAAUAGUAAAGAAACAGAUUUACCUCUACAAAUUAUUGUCAGAGAUAAAGAAAAUGUUAAACCCAGUUUGUUGAAGUAAUCCAAAAAAUAAUUACUCUCCAGGCCAAAUCAUCAACUGGAGCAAACCAACGCUACUUCCAUCGACUCAGCUAUGACCUUUUGGAGCGGUAUCUUUAUCUGAUUCUUUACAAUGCUUACUUACACAUGGAGAAAACUGGAAAUUUUCAACGCUCUUUUACAUGUUGGAUGACUGAGGUGAUAAUUAAAAUUAAUUAAAUAUACAACAUGUCAAUACUUAAUGAAUAUAAACUUUAAAAACAACAUAUUUCAAAGCAUUAUGCAUUAUGGCAUUUGUUGAUUUUAAAGUUCAUUUCAAAAGUAGGCAAUUGUAAAAUUCAAAAUUAUCCAUAUACAAGAAAAAUAGGCAACACAUCCAGCAAUAAGCGAAUUUGUGAUGAUGACAUCAAAUAAAUAAUAGAAAAACGGAAAUGGAAGGCACUCAUCAUGAAAAAUAAUUGUUUGAAAAAAAUAUAAAAAAUAAAUAUACGUUAAUUCAGUGUGAUUGACAUGGAAGCAAAGGAGAAAGUGACACAUGUUAAUGAAUUUUGUUCUUUUUAAUGGCAAAAAAAUAAUGAAAUUUCCUGUCUUCAAUGGCUAACAUCUGAUGAAGAGAACCAAAAACAAGUUCAUACGCUACAUUUCUCGAUUUAUAAUAAAAAUGCAACCACGAAUCUUAUUUCUUAAACUUGAUAAUUUAAUUUGAAUGACAUUUUUUAUUUUAUUUUCCUUGUUCUUAGGUGGCUGCCCCUGCUGGUGUCUUUGAAUUAUUGGACAAUCUUGGAUUCUUUACACUGGAGACUGCCCCUUCAGAAUUUAGCAGAUUAAAAAAUCGUAUUUUGGAUCGUCAACAGAAAUUGCCUUUCACUGGAUUAUUUGUCUAGUGCCUGAUUUUUUUUCUUUCUUUGGAAGAAACAAAGUACUUUUAAAUAUUACUUUAUUCUGUAGCUUAUUAUAGAUGGUUACACAUUUAUGUUACAUUUAUAACAAAUAUUUUUGCACUUCUGGUUAUGUAACAUAGGUGACAUAAUAGAUGAACACAAGGAUAAUUAAUUAGACACAAAUUUUGUAUUACAAGUAUUUUAUAAAUGUAUUUAUGUAUAUAUUGAAAUAAUAUAAAUAAUAAUUGUAUAAAUGUGUAUAGUUGACACAAAUUUUGUUUAUCUUUAAAUCUUGUAAUGCAGAAAUAAAUGUAAGAUAGUAACAGAAUAGAAAAUGUAAAUUAAUCUUUUAAAACAUGCCAUUCAAUAAAUUAUUUAAUGCCAUUGAUGUUGAUUUGAGUGGUUUGCAAUCAACACAUUUGUAAUGUUUAAGUGCUAAAUGCAUAAGCUUACCCUUUUUUUAGUCAAAAAAAACAAUUGUAAAAUUUAGGCCUAUAACAUAAAAUGAGAGAAGUAGGAAAAAGCCUGGUGGGUUUACUUAUAAAAGUUAUUACCUGGAAAGGAGAUUUAGACUUAGAUUUGUGCAACUACAGUGUAUUAAUAUUUUAUUUGAGAAAAACUAUUAUACUUUUAAUAUAUGAUUAUUUCAUUUCCAUGAUUUGAGUCAAAAGGGGGAAGUAAAAAAACAACAGCAACAAAAAAAGACAAUCCUAGAAUGAUUUAAUUGCAUCACCAUCGUUUGAAAUGUAGGCCUAGAAUAAUCCCUAUUUACAUAUGCAAUGAUAAACUUGGUUAACAGUAACCUAUCAAAAAACAAAUUGGAACUUUUUAUAGUUUUUAUUUUAAUAUUAUCUUCACGUUACAUGAAUUUUUAAAAACAUUUAGAUAAUUAUUUGGAUUAAAAAUUAGUAAAAACUUAUUCAUUAUCUUCAUUUUAUAUAUAUUUCCAUUAAAACAGCUGGUAAAAUUAAAGAUUUCUAUUUGGUUUUAUCUCAGCAGACGGGCAUUCAAGGUACACGAUGAUGAAUAAUUAGCAAACAUUAAUAACUUUUGGGUAAAUAUAGUUAAGUUCUUCGAAAAUGCUUUGAUUAUUUGGAAAUCCCACCUUAUUUAUCUUCCUCUUACAAUUUGAAUAUUGAGUACUUUUUCACAGAUGAAUCUCAAAAUGUUUGUAAAUUCUUUUCUUAUUUUAAUUUUGUAGAUUUCCCUCAGAACUUUUAAUUUCUCUGAUGGUAUUCGGUGAAAUAAUUGUGCACUGUCAUGGCUUUCAGUCAAAAAGUUGUGCACUGUCAUGGCUAUCAGUCCAAGUUAAUAGAAGCAACCAAACACAUUUGUAAAAAUGUAGUUAUAAAAUGAUUUAUUAUAAUCAUGUAUUAUUUUUUUGAGAGCCUUGUAUCAUUUGCUCAGAGAUAUCAGUCAUUAACAAUAAUUAUAUGAAGAGUUCUCUGCAUGUCUCAAAUUUCCUCUCUAGAAUGAAAAUAAAGUGUAGAAUUGUUUCUGAUUUAGUUUUUUUUCUCCAUUUUUCACACUUGGGUUUUAACAUUUUCAAGGUAAGCUAUGGAUUUAAAUACACUUAUAAUAAAAUAUGUAUUUCAAGUUUCCCCAAAAACCUGAUUCUUGUAAUUUUUUUAAUUAAUUUCUAACAAACAAGUUUUACUUUCAUUAAUUACAUUUUGAAGUUUCUAUGGUUGGAAAAGUGAAAUAAACAUUUUACUUAUAUUUGGAUUCAACAAUUUUGAAAAAAAAAAAAAAGUAUUUAGAUAUUUUAUUUUUCAAAAAUGAAAAGACCUACUUCAUUUUAUCAGUACUUUAGUUUGAGUUAUAAUGUCAUUCAUUUUAUCAGUACUUUAGUUUGAGUUAUAAUGUCAUUCAUUUUAUCAGUACUUUAGUUU